CUCGGAGAAAGGGAGCCGCUCCGGAGUUGGCAGCGGUGCAUUGUGGGGAGUGGCCGCCGCCGCCGCCGCCGCCGGGAGCGGCUCUGGGUGGCAGCGGCGACCGCCUGCAAGUUCUUCUCGGCGCGGGCUGGCCAGGUAAGGCGCACGGGCGGCGCGCUCGGCAGGGUCUCUCGGCCGGGCUCCGAGGCUGCGCGACACCCCCCUCUCCCUGCUCCCCGUUGCGGCUCGUUGCCUGCCGCGGAGCCCCACCGGCUGCCCCGGCGCCCCUCUCCGGGCGCCUUUCUCCCGCUCCCCUUCGCCCCUCCGGGAUGCCGCCCCGGGCGGGGACCCUCCUCCUCCCCGCAGCGCCGGGGCGAAACUUGCCUCUCCGUCGCUCCCCCGGGGGCGACCUCUCCCUUUCUCCCCGCACUUUCCCAUUCCUGUCCCGUCGGGGUCCCGAUCCCCGCCCCUUCUGCGAGCGGAGGCGCUGCUGGGAAGAGGGAAGCGGCGGCUGGGAGUUGCCGGGGGGUUUCGGGCGGCUGGGUGGGCUGCACAGCCCUUUCUCCAGCGGCGCCCCUUGCGCCAGCCGGCUGCUUUGUGUGCCUGCCUGCCUGCCUUGCCCGCCCGCCCGCCAAUGGUUCUUCUGCCCGAAUUGUCGCGCUGGGAGAUUCCCAGGCCGGGCGGCGAAACAGGUGCUUUUGGCCGGGACUCUUGGGGAGUCGGCGGAGGGUCUGGGCGCGCCGCCUGAAGCCGCGCAAGGAGUGGGAGCCGGGGGUGAGGCCGUGUGGGGCUUGCAUGGGGCAGCAGCCCGGAGGUGGGGAGCCGCUCGCCUUUCGGAGAACCAGCUUCAGCGUGGCGCGUUUUUGGCGGAGAUGCGCAAUCGGAAAGGCGGCUUGUUUUCCGUGCCUGGGUGGAUUUCCAUAGUUUGUUUCUGCUUGCAUCACACCUUCUCCGGUAGCUUCAAAGAGGUGACAGGUGGGAAGGGCAUCGUUCGCCUCUCCCUAAAUGCCAGAGUUAGUAGGGGCUGUUUCCCCGUCCCUGCGAGCACGCCCCAUUCAUUUGCAGAAAGGCUGCUCGAUUUGUGCCAGAGCUCAGCUCUGACCUCUUUUCAGUGCCAGAAUAUUUAAAGUAAAAGAAGAUUGCCAGGCCCUGAGAAGGUGCAGAGUGCGUUUUCCGUACCACUGGGCAACCGCAGAGACACCGCACACACUGGGAAUUAGGAGGAAGGGCUGGCAGAUCAGAGAUUGGUGUUUCCAGGCAGACUUGCGUUUUGUCACCAUGUUGCAUGUUGUAUUUUUAAUAGGCAACAAGCACUGCUCCUUUUUCACAUGUCCACAUCACAGAUAGAUACGAUGGAUUUUCUUUCAGUUUUCCCCAUUUAAAAGUUCUGCAGCUGAGCUGGCCAAGAGUAGGGGCACUUAACACCAUGAUUUCAGGAUAGAUUAAGAAAGAAUGAUUGCAGCUUGGAAAGUAACAUGCAGCCUGAGAUGAGUUGGUGUGCCUUGGGGAUGAGCAGUAGCUCAGUGGCAGAGCACAUACUGGCCUGUCAAAGGUUCCAGAUUCAAUUCUCAUCUUCUCCAGGUAGGGCUGCAAAAGACUCCUCUCAGGAACUGAGCAAAGCUGCUCCCCAUCAGGGGGACCAGAGAUUGGAAACCAGACCAUUGCCUGUGCUGACUGGGGCUGAUGGGAAAUGGAGUCCCACAAGACCUGGAGGGCCACAGCUGCCCCACCCCUGGUGUAGACAGUACUGAGCUUGAUGGACCAAUGGUCUGACUUGGGAUAAGGCAGCUGAGCUUCGGUGGUGGUGGGGGGGCUAAGUGUUCUCAUUUUGCACAAAGAGGCAAUACGGUUGCAUGGUUUGCAAGUACAGUAAAGUAAAAUUAAACUAGUUGGAAUGAUGCCUUCGCCCCAAAAUAAAUGGGUCCCCCAGCCUUCCACCUUAACGUGAUCCCACCUGUGCUGAAAGCUGAUUUCUCUUUGAACCCACUAAAUUCCUUUUUAUUAAAUUAAGCAGAUAUUUGCAUACAGAAAUUAUAACUUAAAAUACUAAUAAUUAUACAUAGCAAGGAAAGGCACACAAACAAUAUGUAUCUAUGUAUAAUUAUUAGUAUUUUAAGUUAUAAUUUCUGAGUGUGUUUGCCCCCAACUCCACCUCACCCCUAAAAACCUAAAACGUAGAAUACUCCUAAGGAUAUAGAACAAGGAAAGGCAAGUGGUAGGCUAGCUAUCAGCAAACUGGGGGAAAGGACCACGCCCCCCACCAUUUGCUGAAUUUAUGGAGUAGGCUUGCUAGCAGUCCCAUGCUGACUUGUUUUCUCCCCUCACACAAAGGUGGGAUUCUGUCUCCUCCUUGUGAUUUGAAGCUAGGACAGCCAAAUGGAUAUGUUAAAUGUGAAACUCUCUUUUUUUCUGAUGCUGGGGUUACAAAGGAGUGAGGGGAGGAAUGCUUAAAGAAACCAGAUGUGAAGGUGUUAGUCUUCAGGGGAAGGUUUGCAGGGCAAGCUGCCACGUGUAGGUGAGGGUGGGAGUCUGUCUCUCUCCUGCCUCCCCCCUUUGCUGUCGACUGCAGGGCAAGUCCCAGCAGGCCUGACUGCUGCCAGUCACACAGUUAUUAAACUCACAAUGGGUGUUUCUUGGUUUGUCUCAUCUUUCUAAAGUGGUGUGUAUUUAUCGGGGUGAGGCAGAAGGUGGGGAAAGACCACCUUCCUCCCCAGAGACUUCAGCCAGUGCACAGUUAAGCAGUGGCCAGAGGGUUGGGUUGGGGAGAGGAAUGGAUUUGCCAAGAACUCAGAAUCACAUGAUUCUAAUCCUGUCGUUGUCUGUCUCUUCCCCCUCCUCCCCUCACACAGCAGGGGGUGGGGGAAGGAUUAGUGCCUGUCUUCCUUUAAUGGGACGGUUUACCAUAGACUGGCAAAUAGUGCUUAAUGUUUGCCUGGAUUAUAUAACAAACAUAGUGAUUAUCCUCCCCUUGUUUUCCUUCUCCUUUAUAAUGUGUACUACUUGGGAAUGUGGGGGCACUGGGAUGGCUGUGGUCGAGUCUGGGAUCCCCUCCUAGACCCCAGCUACGGGCCCCUCUAUCCCCACCCACCCCAGCGACCGGGGUGUGGGUGUGUGGGUGUGUAGACGCUUCUCGGUCCUCACCCAUAUACCUGCCACACAUGCUGACACUUGCUGCACAGGCACUUUGGCUGUGGUUGUUUUUAGAUCCUUUUCUCCAGCGGAGGGGGGCUGCUGUGGUUCCCAGCUCCACUUGCUGCUGCUGCUGCGUGAGGGAUUACUGAGGCCGCCCACGGUUUGCUCUUGUGGGCACCAGCACCAGCAAUGCGUGUUGCCCAGCGUAGGAACCUGUGCGAAAGGCAGCAGUGCCAGGCACUUCCCAGGAGGAGGAAGAACCUGCUUUCCCGCUGGAACAGGUGUGCGCAGGGAGCCUGAGGCCGCAUAAGGAAGAAAUCCACAGGGGACGGUACCUCCGAUGGCCCUGGGCAGGGUGGUGGUCGAUUGUGAGUGGUGUGUUUGUGUGUGUGAAGGUGCCUGUUGCUGGAAAAUAGAUAUGCUGAGGUCCGUCUGAGGGGACAUGAUGUGCUGCCGUGCUUGGUAGGGCAAUGCUAGUGAGAAGGGUGUGCAUCUGAAGCCUCAGCGUUGAGGAAACGAAGAGAGGUUCAUGACGAGGUCCCAGCCCCCCCCUCUUGGCUGUGGUCCCUUCACGUCUGCCCCACAUUUUCUCCUCUUGUCUUUUUUCCCCUUCACGCUCUGACUUGCUUUGACGCCCUCUUUCAGCCUUCCGCGCGCUUUGCUGCCCCAGAGCUUGUUACCCUGGGAGGCACUCAAAAGCCCCAUUGAUUUCCUCCCACGCCACUGUCUGUGUCCAUAGGAGUCUUACCCGCCAUGCCUGCGCAUAAGUGUGUGGCUGGUUAUACACCAUGCAUUUAAAGCACACACUGCCCCCAGACAAUCCUGGGAACUGUAGUUUGUUAAGGAUACUAGGAAUUGUAGUUCUGAGAUGGGCAAGUUACACCUCCCAGGAUUGCUCAGGCAGGGUGUGCUUUAAAUGCAUGGUGUGCAUGCAGGCGGGGGGGGGGGGUGUUGGCACAGAGGGAGAGAUGUCAGGUUAUUGUACCUGCAAUUUCCCCCUCCUUUCCCCACUUUUCUGGUGGGCUUUGGCACUUGUAGGGUUAAACACGCUGGUUCUGAACUCCCUGCGCCAGAGUCUCUCAUUAUCCCCUGGACUGUUAUCAGGGGUGGCUCUGUUCCUGCCCCCCUACCCCGAGCCAGACAAAGGGGGCAUUCAGCAGCCCCUGGACUGGCAUGGCUCUCCCCACGCCUGCUUCCCGCUGUGGGGGCGGCUGCGCUGGGCGCUCGCCAGGGAACUGCAGCUUCUUGCUGACCCCGACACCUUCUCAGCCGAGGCCUCUGCUGACUCCAGGGCGCCACAGGAGGUGGCAUUGUGGGGAGUGGCAAAAGCACCAAGGGUGGGGCAGGCCUGAGCCCAGAGCAAGAGUGUGUUGUGCUGCCCCAAACCAAACUCUGCAGGGGAACAGAAUAAUCAGGACCCAUUGUGACGGGGCCUAGGUACCUGGGGAAGGCCUAGUGGAAGCAACACACUCCUGACACCUUGGCUGUUUGUACUUUCUGUACACUUUUUCUCUCUCUCUUGUUCCCUGUCCUUCCCCUUCUGCUGCUUCUCCCCACCCACCCCCUGCUGGCCGUAACCUUAAUCUUGCACCCACUCCCUUGUGGGGAAUGUCCUGCCCCUCCCCGCUCAGGCCAAAUGUCCCCGAUUCUGCAGCUCCAGCUGGAGCCGGCAAAGGGGGAUCGAUGAUUCAAUGAGGCUCUAAUGGAAUUGCUAUUAUGCUAUAGCAUGGUGGGGGCACAAUAAUUGCUUGGGAAAGCCAGGGGAGGGGCUGGACCUGACUGAGCUGGAUUCUAAGCUCAUAGCACCAAAACUACACAUUAAGGCUUCUGCCAGGUGCCUCAUGGUGGCAGCUGCCUCCAGCAGCAGAUUUUGGGCAGGAGAAUGGGAGACAGGCAAAGUCCUGAUCUGUGGGACUCAAUCCCCCUUGAGAAGUUUUGCACCAGCUCUGCUGAAAUGAACAACUUUGGUCAGUCUUGUGUGCAGGAGACCUUCCCAGUUGAUUAGGCCCCCAUGUUAAUUAGGGGGUGUUAACUGACUUCUCCCACCUCCUUCCUCAGGCAUUAGGAAGCCCUGUAGCAAAAUGAUCAGAAAGGUUUGGGAAUGAGUUUAUCAGACAAUAUUCCUUGACUGGUUUUGCCUUUCUUAAGCUUUUCGUUUAAAUGGUUUGGGUCAGCCUUGUGCUGCUUUAUGACCUGUCCCCACCCCAAAAUUAAAAAGGGCCCCCUCAGGUCCCAGCAAACCAGGCACAGCCAUCCCCCUCUCCCUUCCCCUUCCAAUUAAUCAAUAACUCCAUGCAAACAAAUCACAAGGGAUUCCUCUGUUCCCCACCCAAGGGCCAGACACAAGCCCGACCUGUCCGUCUCUUGCAAUCUCAGGACCCCACCCCCCAGCCUGCAAUAGCUGCCUUCUCCUGUCUCUGGCAAUGCCCUUCAUUUUGCACCCACAGCCCCUCUCCCCUCUGCCCUGUUUCAUUCUCUCUGGGGUGCCAGUGCUAUGUGUAUAAGUUGUGAGAGCUCUGUUUCUAGGGGAUAAUGGGCCCCUUUAGCCCCCGUGUGGCUCUGUGAUGGCACAGCCGAGAUGGGAACAGUGGGGGCUUUGAUUGGGGAAGGUUAUCACAGCAGCCAUUGAUGCAGCCUUGAAUUGCCAUCUAACCUCUCCCCAUCUCCGUCCCCCGGCACCCAUGUCAACUCACCCGCUGUCUUAUCUCAUUCUUCCACCCAUAGGGAUGCCUGCUGAGUCCUCCUGCUCGACGCCACCAUGUGGGAGCUGAAAUGCCCCCAGCGCAGCCAAACGGUAAGCCUUGGAAGUGUAGGAAGGGGAAUUGCAGAGGAGGAAAAUGGGAUUUAACAGGGGAGGCGCAACUGUGCUGGAGUAUCAUAGUUCCUGGGCAGAGUGGAUGUGCAUGUGUGCGCAUGUCAUGAGCUGAAGCAAGUGCUGGAAAACCUUAGUUUGGUGUGUGACACAUUUCUGAUACUACCCUGUGAUAUGCUUUGAUGACAGACUUGGGUUGCUAUUCCAUGCUAAGAAACGUGGACCAGGAUUCCUGAAAGUGUGUGUGUGUGUGGUUCCUUUUGUCUCCUUUGCAGCCCCACCCCUGUGCCAUUGUCUGCCUGUGUGUCUCUCUCUCACCUUCCCCAGGGAUUUUGUUUGUGUGUUGGUGGUGGUGUUGCUACAUGCGCUGCCUCUGCUCCCUUCCAGCUGUUGCCAGGAGGGAAGGGGUGGGGGUUACUGUAAGCUCUCGUCUCUGUGCUUCCUGCCUGCCCACCCCCACCUGAGACUGGGCGUAGGGGGAGAUGGAGGGAUGAGACAGAAGGUUUGGUUUCCAGCCAGGAUGUUGAAUAUCUAGGUUCUGCACCCUCCCCUCCUCCAGCAGGCAGAUGGGCCCAUGUGCUGGGCAAUGAGAUAAUAUGGAAGGGUGGUGUUUGUGUGUGCUUUGCUGGGUUGGGAAUUCCACUGGAGAAGAGGGAGUGGGACAAAGCACCUUCACAUCUGUGUGUUUAGGCAACAGCUGGGUCAGGGGAAUUGGAGCAGAGCAGAAGGGGGAGAGGUCCACACCCCCCCUUAGGUGCCAUCUUCCUGAUGGCAUCUGUCUGGGGCCUGCGAGGGGGUGUACGUGUGAAGAGGAGGCUAUGCAGUUUCCUUGUUUUGAAUUACAUUCUUUGCACACUCGUUUGCUUCCUGUGCUAACAUGCAGAUUGGCUUGCCAGUUCACACUCUUUUUCACUGGCGCUCUCUUUUUCCUGCCUUGGCUCCAAACUGAGAUUGCUAAACCUGUAGAAUAUCCCACUCGUCUCCCUAUCAGUGUAUUAUUGCUUUUUUAAAAACAAACAAACAAACAAACAAACAAACCACAACAACCAACCACAACAACCUAUUAAUUAAAAAGUAGUCCCAUUUCUGUCUCUCCUCUUCCUGCACUUGUGAGCACGCAUUGUGCCUUGAGUGUCUUGAAUGUUUUUGUAGGCAUUGCCUUUGCAGGCCAUUUAAAGAAUGGCAAAUAGAAGCAAAGGCCAGAGUGAGGGGCUGGGCAGUGAUGAAGCCGAGAGCAUCCUUGCGCUGUUCAUGCCCCCAUUGGCCACUGUCUCCUGCCUGUGUUGCUGUCUGAGCUGUGACCUUGCUUGAGGGAGGGGAUUAAUUCCGAUGGGAUGUGGCUUAAUCGCCUUCCCUGGGCUGCUAAAUCCUAGUUGGUGUUGGAAAGGAGGAGGAGGACACUCAUUUCCAAGGUGAAAGCGGACUGGAUCCGCCCUCCACUCCUUCCACUUCCUCUUGGGGGUAAUUUGAGCGGCUUCUUGCAGCACCAUGUGGGGAGACAAAUGAAGGCAGGAGCUGGCGUCUGAAUGAUGCGCUCAACUCUUUAAAGUAGUGGCCUUCGGGAGGGGAGGGAGAAUUCGGGCUGCUUCAGGCAGCAAAAUGUCUUGGGUCUGAAAGGGCAAAGUGUGGGAUCCUGGGCUCACUGUGGGAAGGAGGAACUUGAGUCACCAUUCUGCAGCAUCCAUUGUGGUGGGCAGAGCGGGGGAGAGGAAUAAUGUGCGGAACUGAGCACCACUUGGGGAAAAGGGGCACUGAAACUGGACAUUGAGAGGCAUCCUAAGUCAGGGAGGUAGAAGAAGUGUGCCAGGACUCCUGGGCAGGGGCGUAGGAAAGGGGGCGGGGUGGGGACGGACCGCCCCAGGUGCCAUCAUGGGGGGGGGGAGUGACAAAUUAUCAGGGAACAAUUACUGCCCUACGAGGGCGGUUCAUAAAAAACUUUUUUUUAAAAUGCCUGCUCCAAAUGUCUGAUCCUACUACACUGGGGAUUAUAUAGCUACAUAUGAAAUUUCAUGCAUAUCAGUUAAUAUCUUGACCCUCCUCCACGAAAACAUCUGUUUACGUGGCCUUUUUCCUAUGUCGUGAAGGCUGAAAUUUCAACAAAGCACAUGCCUUUGCUAGACUCUUUUUGGGCACCUGCUAAAAGCAUUCUUCUUUAGGCAAGCAUAACUAGAUGCUUGGAAAGUUGAAGUAAUUUUAAUCUUAAUAUUUUAGCUUUUGUAUGUUUUAAAGUAGGAUUGUUAAUCUUUCUUGAUUUUACUGCUGUGGUGUUUUUUGUUUCGGUAAACCACUUUGCAGGUUUUUAAAAAUAAAUUUUAUUAAAUAAAUAAACAAUAAAUAUAAAUAAAAUAACACAAGCCAAAACACAAUCCAUCCUGUAGAUUUAAGUAUCUGUCCAUAGUCGCCUACUUGUUAUCAGAGGCUCAGAAUCCACAUUCCUUUGUAAGAAAAUAUGAAAUAAUGUAAAAGCAUUUUUGCAGGCAAAAAAAAGAAGAAUCAAUGUGGGGAGGGGGGAGUGAGUGACAAGAAAUUUCUGCACCAGGUACCACCUGACCUUCCUACGCCUCGGCUCCUGGGUUCUUGGUGCUGCCUUAAAAGUGUGGUGCACGGAGGAUGCAAGAUUGCACCUCUUUACUACAGACCAGUCUAGACAGUCCCUAUCUUGUAUUCACAAAUGGUGAUCAGGAUUCCAACUUCACUUGUAAGUGUAUAAUUGGUGGAGUGGAAAGAGAUCUUCUUUUGCCUCCUCAUUAACCCACCCUGACAAGAGAAACCAGACAAAACAUCAUCAAAUUGGCAUCGCAUCUGUUUUGCACAAGUUAGUCUGGUUUUACUAGCCCUGGGGAGCAGUAAGGAGAGAGUGUCUGCCCAGACUUUUUGCCGAAUGUUGAUGGGUGCACUUCACUUCUCUGUGUCAAAAUCCAGCAGCGGAGCCUUGAUCAGCAGCUCCCCUUGGAAUGUGGUACAGAUCCUAUCCAAGGAAAAAGAUCUGGUGCAGAAACCAGACUAUUAUCUCCAGCUUGGUGAUUCCCACACAGCAUGCUAUGCCACAGUUCUGUGCUGCAUGAGAGCGGCUAAUGAGUCACGAGACUUAUUUGAAUAAGUAAAUUAAAUGACUCCUUUGAGCCUGGAGUUUCCACACGAAAGAGGCUGCCUGCUGUGUCUCUGAGUGCUAAUCAUGCCUUCUCUUUCUCCUUCUGUCCAGGAUUUGGCCAUGUUCCUAGGCCACUUGCUGCUGCCCUCGGUGGUUGCCCUGACACUCCUCCUGCCGUCAUACCCAGCUGCUCGGCCCCCUUCCUACCCAUCCUUCUUGGCCCCCAACACGACUUUCAACCACCUGGCCCGAGCCCGGGACACAGGGGCACUGUAUGUGGGUGCUGUCAAUGCCUUGUACCAGCUGAGCCCUGAGCUGAGGCUGGCAGGGCGUGUGCGAACGGGGCCCGCGCAAGACAGCCCCGAGUGUCUUCCUUUCCGCGACGCACGCGACUGCCCCCAGGCCCGGCUCACGGACAAUUCCAACAAGCUGCUGUUGGCCAAUGAGCGGGCUGGGGAGCUGGUGGUCUGUGGGCAGCUCUUCCAGGGAGUGUGCGAGAAGAGAGCCCUAGCAGACAUCAACAAAGUGCUAUACCGUCCCGAGGAUCCUGGUGACAACCAGUUUGUGGCAGCCAACGAGCCGCGGGUUUCGACCGUGGGCUUGGUGGGGCAACACGAUGGCCGUGACCUGCUCUUUGUGGGUCGUGGGCUAACCGCAAAGCUCUCCGGGGGCAUCCCACCAUUCACGAUCCGGCAGCUGGAAGGACCCCAGGCGUUCUCCAACGAAGGGAUGGGCAAGCUGGUGGUGGGGGACUUCUCGGACUACAACAACAGCUACGUGGCGGCCUUUGCCGCUGGGGGCUACGUCUACUUCCUGUUCUCUCGGCGUGGAGCAAAGGCACAAAUGGAGUAUCGCCCCUACCUAUCGCGGAGCUGCGUGGACGACACUAACCUCUACUCCUACGUCGAGCUGCCCCUCGAGUGCCGGGACGCAAAAGGGCAGGUUUACAAUCUGGCUCAGGCUGGGCACUUGGCAUCCGGCUUCCCUGGGGACGAGGCAACCCUCUUUGUCGUUUCAGCCGCUGGGCAGGGCUCCACUUCCUCCCCGACAGCGCAGACAGCUUUGUGCUCCUACAGCUUGGGCGAAGUGAACGCAGCCAUGGAGCAGACACGGCGGCUGUGUUACACUUCGGCUGGAAUUGGUGCCACAAAUGAGCAGGAGGCCGCCAUUGAAUAUGGGGUGACCUCCCGCUGCAAUUAUUUGCCUAAGGUGAGAGAGAGGAUGGAAGUGAUUGCCUUCUUUCCAUGGGGGAAGAGGCAGGGGGCAGUGGAAAGGCUUCCCUAACCCAGAGGUGGCUACAUUCCAACCUUUCUGUUGAUUUCCAGGAGUCGCCAGAGUCUUACCCUUGUGGGGAUGAGCACACACCUAGUCCCAUUGCUAGUCGGAAGCCACUGGUGGCCGAGGCUCUUCUAACUACCAUGCCAAGACUGACAGCCGUGGCGGCCAUGAUAGAAGCAGGUCAUACCAUCGCCUUCCUUGGGGAUGGUGUUGGGCAGCUGCAUAAGGUAACGGGCGACGCAGUGACAAUAAUCUGAGCUGUGUGCUGUAUUCCUGCUGUGCUGCUGAUAGCUUCCACCCAGGUCUGCACCUGCUAAAUGGGUGUUUGUGUUACUGUUUUCCUCCUCCCCCCUUAUAUAUUUGUUUAAAUUUAUUUAGCCCAUAUUUCUGCAUAGGUGGUUUCAUUUUUAUUUUGGGUUCAUCCUGUGUGUGGCAGGAUCCGUAGGAUGAUUUGGAGUGGAGAAGCAGCAGCAGCAGCAGAGGGGAGCAAGAGUACCUGCAGCUGCUUCUGUGCUCCAAAUCACUGCUUCCCAAAGCUGUUCUUCAAGGAAAAUUAAAAAGAGAACUCGUGUGCUUGUGUUCACAUGUUUUCAUUCAUAUUUGACUUAUUGCUUACUCACUUCAGUGUAGGCAACUUGGUCUGUCUGGAUCCAUGUUCUCUACAUUGACUGGCCUUGAUCUUGAGUUCAGGCAAGGUGGUCUCCCAGCCCCAGCUGGAGAUGCUGAGGAUUUAACCUGGGACUCUGCAUGCAAAGCAGUUGCUAUCCUACUGACCUAUGUCCCUAAGUCUGUAAGCGAAUCAAGAGUUAGACCCCAAACUGCGUGUGCCUUUUGAUCUUGCUUUAACUUCUUCAAUAUCCUAGAAGGGGGAGGUACAGAGGGAAGGCAACUCCAUACCAGAAGUAGAUACAUUUCUGCAGUUUGGAGUUUUCAGACCUCUAAUUAUGCCUCUGAUCCACAUGUGUGCAGAGCUUGGUAUAAUUUCUUCAAGGUCUGGACCUCUUUUCCUCCAAAGCGCUCCGAGUUUGAGACUCUGAAUAAGUUAGCAUCUGUGUGUCUUAAUCCCACAGUACAAUUUAUUUGCAUAGGCUUGGGAGAUGCCUGCUACAUGUGUGAGAUAAAAAGUGGAACCGCUCAUGCUGUUUGCAAGCCGCAAAAUUUGGUAUUGGUCACUAAUUCAACAUCCUGAGAAUCUCCUCCUCUCUCCCUCCCUUCAGAGCAAGUCUCUAGCUAUAUUGGUGCAGAAAUAAUUGUUUAAGUAGGUGGUUGAUGCCUAGUGAUGCUUCUGAAACCAGAGAGGAGACAAAACUAGUGUAAGGAUUGGUCACUGCCCUUUCCCAUGAGUAAUAGAAGCAAAUUGUAAACCUGUGCAGGCAAAUGAAGCACAUGCAGAUCGGUUUAAGUUUUGUAAUUCCUUUCAGAUUAUGGAGUAUAGCUGUUUGGAGUGCAGAAUUAGUUCACCCCGGAGCAGAAAUUUAGCUUUUAAAAAAUGCAAGGUGUGUCUGGCAUAUUUCCUUCUCCUCCCGAGUCUGAGAUUCCAUUUUCCCACAAAUUAAAGACCAAAAUAAUAUUCUACAGAGAGGGCUGAUUUGGCACAUCCUGCCUGUAGGGGUAGGACUGGGUUUGAUUUUGAUUUUUAAUUGCGUGUUUCAAGCCAUUUAAAAUUGCAUGUUUCAUGUGUGCAGCGCCAACACCUGCUUCCAAGCAGGCUGUCCCUCCCUCCCUCUUAGUCUAAACCUGAGACCUACUACACUGUACAGAGUGGAGGCUGUUGUGUUGCUUAUGCUGGAAGCAUAUUGUAAAUUUUCUUGCAUUGGGAUGAUUGCUGCUUCUCUUUUGCCAUAUGACAAGGAAGAGCUAAGAGUGGAGGAUUUUUAAAAAUUAAACUAAGUGUAUAAUAAGCAGUUUCUCCAAAUGCGUCACAGAGCAGGAAGCCCCAUAAAAAUUCUCCUCUCACUAAGAAGGAAAGUGAUAGGAGAUCCUUUCAUGGCAUAAAGUAUUUACUGCAACUCUUUCAGCUCUGGAAAAAUUGCUCUUGAUUCCUGGUACUGAGUCUAGAAGAAUCUGGAGACUUAAGAAGGCUUGUUGGCCUUUUAGAGUUUUUGCUGUCUAUGGCUUUGCCAUACUGUAUUCUGUCAUGCGGUUUCCCCUUUGGACUGGCCACUUACUAAAUAAUGUUUAGUUGAUUGAUCUGCCUUUUAACCAAUUUUCUGAUUUCAACCUAAGUUUUUAGGCUAAAAAAAAGAACCAGUAUAAGCAUAUUGGGAGGGAGGCGGUGGGAUAAUGAAGGAAAUGUUAGACAGAACAUUACACUUUAGUAAACAAAGGCAGCCAUUUAUUCCUCCCUCUUUUCUCAGGGAAAACCCACUGUUAGCUCUAAAUCAGAACAAAUGUCAAUCCGGAUUCUGGAGGAAACCCACAUUGCUGUUUGUUCUGAUUGAACACUGAAGAGGAAGUGAGGACAAACCCUUUCAGUAACAGUCCAGGACCAGCCUAACCUAAAAACAUGAGCAUGCUUUACUCUCAGCCCCCCUGUUCUAAUAUUGCUGAUUUAACUAAUUAAUUAACUGUGGUUACUAAUUUUGCUCACUAUAAGGGCCUAGGGCGCAGUGAUUGAUCCACUAUUCAUACCAAUUGAUGCUUGUAGUCCAAGGUUCCUAUUCUCUUCCUCUCUAGUAGAACCUCUCCGCAUAUCCCAAAACACACACACAUGUGCCUUCGAGCUAGAAUCAGUGGUGCCCAGUGUGUUAGUGUUUUCUGUCCAGGUGAGAAACUGCAUCAGUAACAUGGGUUAGUUUUCCCGCGUAGUUCCUCAACAGCUGCAGCCUUGCACUGCAGUUUAUUCAGGUUUAGGCUGGCGUGCAUAACUUUGGACUGCCCAGGGACAGACUUUGGCAGAAUUGAGUAUCCUGAAAACCUCAACUGGUUGGAGCAGACCUGUAUCUUAGGGGCAGACCUCCUUGCAUUUUGGGGGCUCAAUCCUCUGUCGCACUUGGGUGGCAAAUGCUAGGAAAGUCUUCUGACCUGAGGUCCUGACCGUUAGAAUAGCCACUGCUAGAUGGGCCAGUAAAUAAGGCAGCAGCAUCAUGUGUUCCAGCUGUGGAAGUAGCCAUCCACAUCGUUACAAAUUUAUCUGGUGAAGGUCUCCAAAGCCAGCCUGGCGCCGAGUAGGAUUUCCAGAAUCCUGUCAGUCAUGCUUUGCCCUCCCUGCCCUGCCCUGUGGAGUGGUUUCAGACUGUUCUUUUUUUGUACAAAGGUUGGGUCCUGUGAAAACUCAUGGCUGGGAGAAGAGCAUUGGCCUGUGUGCUAAGCAGCAAAGGAGCAGUCAUUCUUGUCGUACCAAGGGUCCGGGGUGUGUGUGUGCAAGCUCAAGAACAGGGCACAGAUCGUGCAUGUUCGCCAUAUCCAUUUCCCCAGUAAUGAGUCAGCCAUUGGCUACUCUCCACCACCCUGUCCUAGCUGGUCUGGGGCGUAGCACCCACACAACUUUCGCUAUUGCUGGGCAUAUUCUCCAGGAACAUGAGGGUCCUACACAUGAGCAGCCUUCUGCCAGUUUGGGGUGAGGAUGAUGCCAAGGGGUAGUGGGUGCUGUCCCAUUUGUUCCUUCAGCUUUCAUUCAUGCUAUUUCAUGGUCCCAUGUAGUAUGGAUGAAGUUCUCGCUCCUCUGUCACCCCUUUGUUCUCCCAUAUAAGUUUUUCUGGAGUAGUUUAGGGUUGAAGUGUGUGGGAGGGAAAGGGAUAUGUGCAAGGGUGGUCUCUGUCUUUGAGUAGAGACCCUCUCCUACUCUCUGCUACCUGCUAUGUAGGCUACCAGGACAUCUGCCCCAGGCACUCUGCUUGACUACCAAGCACGGAUACAGGGCAGGUUGCCUUCUUUCCAGAAGAGAUCCCCAAGGCUCUUGGCUGCUGGGCCCUCUUCUCUUUAUCCCUUUCUCUUUUGCCAGUUAGCUCAGAAGAUGAAAAGCAAAGGUGACUAUCUCUGCCUUUUGUUGGGUUUCAGCCUCUCUGAUUGUCUUGUUGCUAUUUGUGAUUGUGUUUUAUAAUUUUGUUAAAAUUAAUUGCUUGAAGCUCAGGGGUUGUGCUGUAGUUUUUUCCUUUUUUAUUUACUCUGGGUAGUGCUUCUGUGCUUUAACUUGGGAGUAGGGAACCUUGGGCCCUACAGAUAUUGCUGCGUUACAACUCCCAUCAUCCUGGACCAUUGGAAGGCUGUCCAGCAACAAUGGGCGGGGGCACAGGUUCUCCUCCCCACUCUUUUCACUUUUUUCUUCUUUUGUUGGAGCCACUGCAAAUACUUUGAUUAGAAACUUUCUCAUCAGCAUCCCUCUUGGAAGCUUGAGCUGCAGGAGAUGGUAGUGGCAGGGGAUUGUUGCUACAGUUGUUCCAUGGUUCUCAGGCGCUAAAGCAGAACUUUCCAAACUUUUCAUGUCAGUGACACACUUUUUAAACAUGCAUCAUUUCACGACACAGUAAUACAGUUUUACUAGAAAACCGGAGGUUAAACUAACCCCUUUCCAGCCCUGGGUGGAGUGUGGGAACGUUUGUGUGACACCCUUACACACUGCAGCCGCCACACUAAUGUGUCGCAACACACAGUUUGGAAAGCUCUGCACUAAAGGCUCUUCCAGGCGUCCUUUUUGUAGUGCAUUCAUGUUAGUUUGUGCUUGUGCUGCUAUUGGGGCAAUUAUACAUGAUCCUGCUGUCAAUAUUGUAAAAUUUACGCUGGUAAAAGUUUCAGUUUCCUGCUGAAAUCCUGUAACUCAUCCCACAAAUGUUUCAGAGGUUUUCUCCCAAUGUAAUUGUGCUGCAGUGUAAGACUGCCUUUCUAGGUGGCAAUAAUGUGAUAAUACUGAGGAGGUUUGACUGAAAAACUAAUAAAGCAGGAUGGUAUGUGGAUGGUCCAGUACAGGUAUCUUUAUCUUAUGCGAGGGUCAGGUUCUGGGGUCCAUGUGUAAAUGUAAAAUUUCAGGAAGCCAAGGAGCCAUUGUCCCCCUGCAGGGUGGAGGGCUGCUUCCUGGGCUCUGGGAAGGGCAGUUACCAGCGCCUUCCCAUGACCUUCUUGGAAGUCUUGGUUAUCAGGCUUUGGGUAGGAGCCUUGAGGGGAAUCUAGGCUGCUGCCAGGGCCCUUACACUGCCUUCCCAAAGUCUGGUAAGCAAGGAAAACCUGCUGGGUGCCUGGGUUGGGGAAAAAUAAAUACAUGGAGGGUGGGGAAUGGUGGGCUUACUCUGCUCUCCAUUUAUUUACUUACUUUUCCUCUACCUGCGCGAAGCUGAAAUCAUGUAAGUGAAAGCAGAGUACAGUGCUUGUUACCUGCACACGAUCCGUCACUAAUGCACUGUUCUGCAUGUUGUGGAAUAGACCCACCAAAUAUCUCAAGGGACCCUAAGAAUGUGUCCGGUGUCUUUUUCUGUUGUGAACAACCCUGGGAUCUUUGAAUGAAGGGCGGUGUACAAAUUUACUAAAUCAUCUUCUUCUUCAUUUCCCCUUCCUUCAAGGGUCUCCUGUUUUUUCGUUGCAAUGAACCAAUGGGGUACAGUUAGCUGAGAGACCAUAGUAACAGACCCAAGGUUACCCAGUGAACAUCAUAGCUGACAGGGAAUUUGAACCCAGGUCUCCCCAUCACUCACUACACCGCACUGGCUGUCCAGGGUAGCAUGAUGUCAGCCAAGACCCUCCCAGACAAGAUCUCUCCCACUUGAGGGCAGAAAGAGGUUUCUGGCAGGCAGAGCGUUUGGAUGGCUACCCAAGUUUCUCCACAGUCUGGACUCAUGCUUCUUAAUAGUGCUGCCCUUUGUUUUCUCUCCCUCUGCCCACAACAACCACAUUUGUCUAUUCUCUUACAUUUUCUUGGCUUGAUGACUAAUCCUCAUCUCUCUGUUUUGCCUUUUUUCUGGUUUCAUCCUCUCUCUCCCCCCUUCCUUCCCCUUAUUCUCAGUUCUGGCGCCCAUUCUUCUCCCCACCCCUCACUCCUUCUCAUUAUCUGUUUUGCCCUUGUUUCUCCUUUUUUACAUCCCCCUCUUCACCGGCUUCUGUUUCCUCAAUGGAUCAGUUUGAAUGUGGCAUUCAGUUUUUUCGUUUUUAAAAAAGCUUGGCUCUUUCUUAUCUACUUUCCCUCUCCUUAUUUGCCCCUUAAUUGUCUUUGCUCUACAGAUCUGGGCUACUUGUUUUUACUUCAUGCUGGUGUCCUUUUCUCCCUUUUUCCCGCCCCUUUUUUUCUGGAACUCCCUGUGCCCCCCUCCUUGCAAGUGUCUGAAAACUGAUCUCCUCUGCUGAGCCUUUAAUCCAGCCUUGCAAAUAAGCCCAUAAAAAUUACUAGCCUGCCGAGCGGCUGGCAGAUGAGGGAUGGAGAACUCUAGGCUUGGUGUGCUGGGAAGGGCAGCCCCCUUUACUUCUGCGCUGUGUGCAGAGGAGAGAAGGAGCGCUCCAUCCCCUCCUCUGCCAGCCUGCUCACUCAGCUGCAUAGCAUUCCAUGUGCUCAUCUGCAUACAGCUCCUUGUCACCAGUGCUACCAGCUAUUGCUUAAAUGCAACCCAUCUUUAACCUCUGAUCUCUGCCUCUUCUCAGUCUUCUUUGGUGUUCCUUUCUUUAUAGUUCUGUUUUUGUGUUUGGUUUGAGAUUGUAAGCCCAGGGGCCGGGCUUUGUUCUCUUAACCUUCAUUAUUCUACAGUGCCUUCUGUCUAUAAUUAUCACCAUAAACAUUAUUGUUUUAUGCCAACAGGCCAAUGCAAUUGUUUAAAAUCUAUCUUGAGUAGCCAGUCAACGAUUGUAUUGUAUUUUGUAUGUUGCUGAUGUUUUGUGAGAGAGUAGUAUAGAAAUCCUUUUGUUUAAAUAAAUACAUUAUUCUCCAUAAAUGAAAGGAGUAGGGCAGGUUUUGCAAAGUAAAGAAAUAAUAAUACAGUAAAGAUUUAUUCCAGUACCUGACGAAUGUUUCUUAGUGCCAAGCUUGGAGGUUAUUUUAUCUUUUUAGUACAAGAAUAUGCAUAAUUCUGCUGUAGCCUCAAUCAGGCUUGUGUGGAAUCUAACCCAAGUCGCCCUUCAUUUUGCUAAAUUACUCUAAAGUGUCUUAAAAUUAUUUUAUUGCAUUUUUAUCCCACCUGCCCUCCAAGGAGCUACAGUGGUACCUCGGGUUAAGUACUUAAUUAGUUCUGGAGGUCCGUUCUUAACCUGAAACUGUUCUUAACCUGAAGCACCACUUUAGCUAAUGGGGCCUCCCGCUGCUGCCGCGCUGCCGGAGCAUGAUUUCUGUUCUCAUCCUGAAGCAAAGUACUUAACCCGAGGUACUAUUUCUGGAUUAGCGGAGUCUGUAACCUGAAGUGUAUGUAACCCGAGGUACCACUGUAUCCCAUAACGUCCCUGUGAAGUCAGUUAGGUGGAGAAAGGCUGACCUGAAGGGACACCAUGAUCUUCAUUGGAAACUGGAGCCCAGAGUCUAACUUUGUAGCCACCACACUGUGUUUAGUUAGCUGUCACAUAAAGAUUAAUGUCCCACAUGGUAUUUAUUUUAAAAACCAUAAUUUUGCUGGGAUCUCUUGGUAUGUUAGUCUUUAAAAUAUCAAUACUGGAUAUGACUUGACUUGGGGUGCCUACAUUUGUGGCUCCGUAGGCAUUCCUGAGCUCUUGCCUGCGUAGUUUUCUACACAAUGGCCGUCUUGCGUAACCAUGGCCCACAUCUCUGCUAAUCUGUUUGCCUUCUGCAAAAAACACCCUCUUCGGGUAAGAUUACUAUCACUUGGAAGCUGAGUGGGAGGAGAAGGUAGUAAUCAACAUUCACCAUUUUACACCCCAGAAGGACACUUCCUUCAAAGAACUGCAUUAACAGGGAGUAUCGGUGCUUUCAGAAACUAUUGCAUCCUCUGUGAAAUAAGCCAUUACUCCGCAAUUGUAUCUCUUGCUACACACCUUUUUAGCAUUCUUUUGCAAUCAAAGGGAAACACCUACCAUGCUUAACAACCUGGAAAUCUAUGGUCAGGAAUGUGUGUGGGCAUCCAGAGCUGAGUAAUAGCCAACAUUCGCCUACCAAUGCAGUCUGUAUUUAUGGCCACCAUAGGCUUGUCCCCUGUAUCUUGCAGUGUCCGUAGAUCAGAAUCUUGGAAGAUUAGCCCUAUAACUCGGCAGCAGGUAAAUCUAAAUUUGUCAGACUAACUUCAGAAUUGGGGAACCUGUGUUCCUUCAGAUUGUUGCUGUACUAAUGCAAGUUCCAUAAUCCCUGAUCAAGAGUCACACUGGCUGAGUGAUGGGGUUGGACAACAACAUCUGGAGGGCCACACAGGUUCCCCAUUCCUACACCAUAGCAAGGCUGCAGCCAGAUGAAAACAGAGAAUGUGUGAAGGGCUGUAGCUCCAUAGUAGAGCUGAACCCAGGGAUUAAUGCAUAGAAAUCACUUGUAUGCUUAAGUUCCUGGGUUCAGUCCUUGCUGUCACCAGUUAAAAGGAUCCCGGACUGAAGGACUUAGAAAGCCACUUCCAGUGGAAAUGAGUUUCCACUCAAAAGAUGGAUAAUAAUUUCUGAUUUUGUAGAAAUUUGCAAAGAACUAGUGCCUGGAUAUGCUUUUUCCUCCUCCCUCCUCCUCCCCUUUUCUUUUGUGUCGUGUCUCUUAGAUUGUGAGUCAGAGGGCAGGGUCUCUUUUGUUAGCAGUCUUAUGUAAACAACUCUGGGAGCCUUUUCAGCUGAAGAGUGAAAAGUGCUUUAAAUAAAUAAAUGACUUUUCCAUGGUGUUCCUAUCUAGUAUUUGUUUAGUGGUCAAUCCUAUGCAUGUUUACCCAGAAGUAAGUCAACUGUGUUCAAUGGGCAUUAUUCCUAGGUAAGUGUAUUUAAGAUUACAGCCUUUAAAUGUUCUUUUGUUGGUUAUCAGAUGUUAUCCAGCAAGUGCUCCCUCUUUUUCUGUUAAGAGUACUGGAUUCUAGGUAUCACUUUUACCUUUCUCUUUAAAAGCCUGCAGGCAGAGACAACAUGUUUUCUUUCUUUCUUCCUGGGUGGUGAUGGAGCUUUUUGUCUUUCUCAUGCUGCCAGAAGGGCUGGUCUUCCCACUAAGCUGGGGUGAGGCAGCUGCCUCAGGCAUUAGAUGUUGGGGUGCCAUUAAAGGGAAGCAAACUUUUAUUUAGUUUGUAGGUUUUGUUACCAUGGGACAGGACAAGGGAAUCAGCUGGAUUUUUAUUUUGUUCUGCCUACCAGUUCCUUUCUAAGGUGCCCUUCUACCAUUUCCCUACGGCAUCUAAGUUAUGUACACACACACAAACACAGAAGCAGGUACUGGCUGCAAAACAAGCCUUGAAGACAAAGUCAAUGAAUGCAAAAGAGCUACCUGUGCAUAAAUAGAUUUGCAUAAGUAACUUUUUGGAUAGGCAUUGGGACCAAUAGAAGAAAAAAAGCAAAGCCACACAGAACCCAAGGCAGAGCUACGUAGGAUAAGCAGCAUGGUGCUGCCCUUCCCGUCUUCUCCAGCCAUAAAAGGCCCAGAGCCUCUACCUGGGACUUUACCUGUUUUCAGUGAUAACCCCAUGUUGCUUAUAACAUGCUGCUUUGGGGAACCCCUGGCCCUCCAGAUGUUGCUGAAUUCCCAAUUCCCUAAUUGCCUAAUAGUUGGAGUGGUGGGGGUUGCAGUCCAGUGAUACCUGGAGAACACCCCAAAGUGUGAACAGGGUUGGUCCUAAACAGGAUCCUUUUUUACUGACUGUGGUCAGCGGUGGAACUUGAGGAGGAAGAAUAUGUAAGUACAAGGACCUACAUAGGGUGCUAACCUAUGUAGACUGUUUCCAGAGGUGCUUAGCCUCAGAGGCCUCCUUGUUGUCAUGUGCUUCCUAAACAACUUUUUAAUAGGCACUGAUAGCCCUUACUCAUUUGUCAAGGUUUACCUGAAUGGCACCGUGGCAGAAGUCUACAGCACCGUUCCCACUGGCCAGCGAUCCCCAGUCAAUCCAGACCUGCUACUGGAUGGCAGUGGGGCCCACCUGUAUGUGAUGACGGCCUCCCAGGUGUGUGAGUAGUCAUGGGGCACAACCCCCUUUUCCUUUUACUUCUACAGCACUGCUGUUUGUCAUCGUCAGUUUGGAUGCAGGAAAGUUCUGCAUUGUAUCUGCUUUUGUUGAGUUUUCAUAGGACUCCCCAUAAGUUCUUUUCAUGUUGAAAACUUACAGCAUUGCUGUGCUGCCUUGUGCAAAAAAAACUUCGUUAUGCGCUCAGAGGUAAUCUAAGACCUGUUACUAGAUUAUGAAAUGGUACAGUGUUUAUAACAAUCAAUCUCCUUUAUUGGCAUAGAAAAAGUGCGUGGAUCAGAGCACAACACAGUUAAAGAAACAUAGUAGGAGAUACGUUAGGAUAAAACUAUCCAGACAUUGUGAGGUGCAAAAAUGGCUUUUAGGACCUAUGGUGACAUACUCUGGUUUCUCUUCAGAUUGUAUGGUACAAAGUUGAUUGCUACUCUGAAAUAAAAUUUAACUUACAAGAUAUUUCUUUUCCUGUAUCAUAUUUAGCUUAGUUCAUUGGUGUUGUCUGGAGUAGUAGGAUAAGACAAUAAGGGUGAACUUUAGUGCCAAACUUCCUGCCCCCUCAAACUCCACUCCUGUUUUAACCAUCCUUUUCCUUAUCAAUACCUUUUCUCUACCACCCCCUUGCCCUUGGCCUAAAACUAUUCCCUUCUGAAUAUAUCUGAAAUUAGUAGAGGCCGAUGCAAAAACGGAUGCAAAGUAGCCUAGAUUCUACUGGUGGUGGUGGUUUUUGAGUAUAUAGUGUAUGACUUGCCUUUUUCCAACCCAGGUCUCCAAGGUCCCAGUCUCUGAAUGCCCUCACUUCCAGGACUGUGCCUCCUGCCUGCGCGCCCAAGACCCCUUCUGUGGUUGGUGUGUUCUGCAGAGUAGGUGGGUCACAGAUGAGAGCUAGCAGAGUGUGCUUUAUUUCAAAUUAAAAGACACGCCUUCUUUUUCUCUGUCUCUAAUAUAAUUGGCUGAUUGGCAGGUGUACCCGGAAGUUGGAGUGUGAGCGCCAUGAGAUGGCCAAUCACUGGCUUUGGAGCUAUGGAGCUGAGAGCCAAUGUUUGAGAGUGGAACAGAUGUCACCAGCCAAUCAGAGCCGAGAAGAACAAACAGAGGUGAAUGUGGAGGGUCAAAGGUUGAAACCUGGGUUGAUUGUGAUUUGGAUCAGGUGGUUAUUCACAUGUUACUCUCUUAAUUAGCAUGUGUGUGGAAUGAAGCAUCUCAGUGUCACCUAGGUUUUCCUCAAACGCACAUUGCUCAUAGCAUGUAUAUUGACAUUGAUGCCUAGAGAUUCCUUUCCUUGUCUUCAUCAAGUUCUGGCAAAGAUUGAUCCCUAGCUGCUACCGCACUCGCCCCGUGCCUGAGAGGGAUCACCAAACAUUGGCUCACCAAACAUUAAUUUACUUAAGAUCAGUGCUCUGCUUUUAUUUUCAAAGCUGCCCAUACAGUUCUCCUAAAAGUAACUUAAGGAAAAUAUAAUAUUAAGACCAUAAAAAAUUAAGCCACAAAAAGUGGCCCAGCCAAUUAAGCUACAUUCCUAUUGUUAUGUAUUGAAGUUCUCACCCUGGCCCAAAGGAGUAUCGUGUAUGUAGUUUUCACUCAGGUCCACGUCAGUUACUUUAGGCGGGAAGCCCUGGGUGGUUGUUGCUACAAUGUUGACAGCCGGCUGCCUAUAAAAGCAGGCCGGCUGAGCUGUUUGCUGUUCAGUUCUGUUCCAGCUUACAAAUAAAGAGCUGCUUUGGAGAAAUCGCUGUGUCGUCUGCUAUGUCUACCCACAACUUAACACCUAUAAAACGAUGUGUCUCCUGCUCUGCCCAGGUCUCCAUGUUGGUCCCACGUCUCCCUGCACUGGCAGAGGGAGAGCAAUACCACUGUGCCUUCGGGAGCCAAGACAGCCAAGCACACCUGCAAGACUCCUGGGUUCGCUGCCUCUCACCUGUUCCCCAGCAGGUGCCACCCACCCAAGAGGGCAAAGGUGAGCCAGGAAAGUCUGCCUGACUUCUAACCUUGCAAUACAGUGGUACCUCUGGUUACGUACUUAAUUCGUUCCGGAGGUCCGUUCUUAACCUGAGGUACCACUUUAGCUAAUGGGGCCUCCCGCUGCCGCUGCACGCCAGCGCGCGAUUUCUGUUCUCAUCCUGAGGUAAAAGUUCUUAACCCGAGGUACUCCUUCCUGGUUAGCGGAGUCAGUAACCCAAAAUGUUUGUAACCCAAGGUGUUUGUAACCCGAGGUACCACUGUAUUGUACCCUUUACAGCUAUUAUUUCCCCCAGAAGAGGGAUGGUUUUCAGUGGGACAGCAUCUCUGGGUUGAUGAAGGGCGGUAUAUAAAUUUAAUGAAUAAUAAUAAUACCGCGAUACAGAUAAGGAGCAUGCCCUUGAUCAGUGUGGCUAUUCUUCCUUUGAAAAUAAAAUUGACCCAAUAUGUAGCUUGUCCCUGAUUUCUCCAGAACAGCUAUCACUAGGGUUGUCAACAUUUCAAGCAAUCUCUGCUUCUGUGCCUGUAAAACAGCAGCUUGAUCUUCAGCAACUAGCAGGUGCCGCUUUUUGAAGUAUGUAAAUAAACUUACUGAAUGUCUGCUGAUCAAGUUCCUCUUAAAAACACAGCAGUAGCCCCCACUUGAAAAGUUGGCAAUCUGUUUAUUGUUUGCUGCUUCCACUUUGGCUUAGUGCUGACAGUCAUUAAAGUAGAAUUAUGAAGUUACAUACAUUUGUUAAACUGAAAAAGAAAUUGCUUGAUAUCCCUCCUUUUUAAAAACAAAAAGGAUCUUCAUAUGCAAAAAAAAAAAGGGUGUGUGCGCUAAAAUAUCUUAAGUAAUUAAUCUAUGUGGGCUGACCUUGAACAUGUCCUCUAGGUGUCAUAGUAGGAUUACUGUGGGGAAUUAUAUCCUGGUGCUAUUCUGUUUUCCAGCAGGCAGUGGGGGAGCUGCGCUUUUGCAAAGUAUCAAGCCCAACUGUUGAUUCUUCUGGCAAGGCCUUAAUAAACCUCUGGGAGUUCAUGCCCAGAGGCAUGUGGAGGCUUUGCUAUGAGUGCCGUGCUUCAAAGCCAGUCCUGUUCCUUUUGCCAGGGGGUUGUAGGGAGGAAGUGCAUCUCCCCUUGUGUGAAUGUAUUUACAGUGCCCCACAUUCUAGGCCAGGUAUCCCCAAACUCGGCCCUCCAGCGGUUUUGGGACUAUAGUUCCCAUCAUCCCUGACCACUGGUCCUGUUAGCUAGGGAUGAUGGGAGUUGUAGUCCCAAAACAGCUGGAGGGCCGAGUUUGGGGAUGCCUGUUCUAGGCCAUCCAUGGACUCCCAUGGAGGCUUAUAAACCAAUCCAAUAGGUAUUAACUAUCCCUCCCCCAAGUUUUAGAUGCUUAAAACAACCCCAAAAACCUUUUGGCAAACGUGGGGCUAGUUCUUAUGCCUAGACCAAGGCCUAAUUCUCACAUGAGGUGGUCACCUUGUGCCUGGAUCUGCCACUUCAGGCUACAGGUUGGAGCAAAAGAAGCUCCACGUAGAAAACUCAGGCACAAGUGUGCUAGUCCCUGACAUUCUAGUUUUUUCUGCGGAGGGUUUUUUCCUACGGAAUCUCAACUUGCUGACUGAAGUGGUGCAGCCCAGACACAGGUUUGCCACCUUGAUAAGAACACUUACUUGAUCAUCUAUUAUAUUUUUAUCACUGUAGCGGAAGGCAGUCCCAGCCACAUGUCCUUUGAGUCUUUUUUUAGCUUCGGGCAUCGUGGCCUCCCUUUAGUUGCCUUUGCCUAUUCUCAAAACUAUAAAGCCAUCUGAGAAAAUGCUUCUCUGUUACCCAGCAACCGUGAAAUGCUUCUGGCCUAGAUCAAGAGAUAAUCUCUGAAGGGUCUUCACCAGAAUCGCCUAAAUGGUGGGAAAAGUCAAGAGGCCAUUGGUGCGCAUGCAUGCUGAUGCUGUUCAGAGGGUGUGUGGGGGUAGCCAUUCCUCUUGCAUUAUGUGUAAGUGCGAGGAAAGUUUCUUACUGUGCUUUUUCCCUCCUCAGAUCAUGUGACUGUGGCGUUAGCCUUGAUGUUCCAGGACGUGGUGGUGGCGUCUGUGGGAUUUUCCUUCUAUGACUGUAAUGCUGUGAGCCAACUUGCUGAUGCCACCCCGUGAGCGAAUGUUGAGUGGGGAUGAGGGCAUUUGGGGGGGGAGGGGGCUGCAGGUUGGAUAUUGAGAAGCAUCUGUAAGAUUUUUUGGGAGGGUGGGAGGUUGGAGGGGGUGUAGUAGAAUUUGCCCUAGCUAGCAAGAAGCUUUUAUGUUGAAAACAAAACUGUGUUCACUCUUUGUACUAAAAUGUUGAAAUUCUGCACUAAGGAAAACUGAAUUCUGGAACUUUCCUAUGAAUUAUGCAAAUUAAGCACAUGCAUAUAAUUGCUUGUUUCACAUAAAUUAUUCUGUUUCUGAGCAAGGGCAAAGCAGAGAUCUAAUGCCCCAUUCUCUGUUGAAAACAGUCUCACUGAAUCUCCCCUAGCCUAGAAGAUCUCACCUGACACUUCAAAGCACAUUCUUGCUGCCUUAAGCUAGAAUCUUGCUUGUUUGUUAAAUAAUAAUGUUUCACCUCCCUUUCUGAACUUGCUGUCCACAUACAGUCCUGUUUAAAGGUCCUUUCCCUUUGAACCCCCCCCCCUUCUCCCAUAGGUGUGGGACAUGUGUGGACAGCCCCUGGAUGUGUCAUUGGUGCCCAUCUAGUCACCGCUGUGUCCCUGGAGGGCCCUGCCCAGAUGGAGGAGAAGGGCUUGUGUACAAUCAGAAGGUGAGUAACUGUAUAGCACAGGGGGCAGCAACCUUUUUCAGCCAUGGGCCGGUCCACCGUUCCUCAGACCAUGUGGUGGGCUGGACUAUAUUUUUUGGGGGGGAAAUGAACGAAUUCCUAUGCCCCACAAAUAACCCAGAGAUGCAUUUUAAAUAAAAGGGCACAUCCUGCUCAUGAAAAAACACGCUGAUUCCUGGACCGUCCGUGGGCCGGAUUGAGAAGGUGAUUGGGCCGCAUCUGGCCCACGGGCGUUAGGUUGCCUACCCCUGGUAUAGCAGGUCCCUCCUUACUUUCCAGAAUAAAUUAUGUUCGUGGGGGGAAGAAUGGGAGAAAUGUUUCUGCAUCUAAGCCCUCUGUGUCUCCUAGUUAACUUCUGAAGAGCCCCGUGGUGCAGCUGCCUGCCCCAGUGUGGGGGGCAUUGGUGAGACCCACCUGAUUCCUGUUGGUGUAAAAAUGCCACUGAACCUGGUAGCCUGGAAUCUGCACUUGUUGAUGGUAAGUGACAAGAUUAAAAGUCCUAGAAGCUACUGGUGUGUCUCUGUGUGAAAGGAAACAGGGCUUGACAAGACCUCUUGGGACACAAGGGGCUCCUCAUUUCAAAGUUAAAAUGCACUUGAGUCUGCCACAUCUAAGUACCCAAGAAGCUGUCAUUUUUGUAUGCAUGUUCAUAACUUUUAAGGGAAUCCGUACCCCAGGGAUGAGGAACUGGUGGCCUUCUAGAUGUUGUUCCACUACAAUUCCCAUCAGCUGCAGCCAUCACAGACAAUAGUCAGACAUGAUGGGAGCUGCAGUCCAGCCACAUCUGGAGGCUCACUUGUUCCCCCAGCUCCUCUGCAGAACGUGAUUCCCAAGAUUUUGUGGGGAACUGUGGAGGUUUGAACAUGUUUCAGAUCGGUCUUGCAAAGGAGCUAGGAAUUUGAAGACGUGUGCUUGAGUGCUAUUUUAAUAUUUUAAGCCUGGCCUCUCACAGGGUUGUCGUGGGGAUUAAAUGAGGAGGGGGAGAACCCCGUAUGCCACCUUAAGCUCCGUAGAGGGAAAAUAAAUAAAUAAAAAAGUACCUGCAGCAUCAUACAUACCAGUUAUUUGUAUGCAAGUCGUGCCUUUGCUGUCCUCUGAGGGGCUUCAGCUUGCCAUGACAGAAGUGGUUGGCAUUUCCCCUCUGUGUUAGGACUGGCAAACGAAAGGGCAGGGAGAGCAGGACUGAGAGUGAGCAGACUUUGUGGCAGGACUGGGGAAGGAGGGAGCAGGUGUGGCAUGCAGGGCCCUGUCUCACCCUGUCCUCAUCCUCAGGCCCCAGUGACACUCUCCUGUGUCCUGGAAGUGGAGGGAACCCUGGUUGUGGUUCCAGCAUCCCUGGAAGAAGGGGACAGGGGAACAUCCCGUCGUGUGCAGUGCCUGCCCCAGGCAUAUAACUACACACAGCCUGCCCCUGAGCUACAUGUCCCUCUCUACAUCAUGAUGGGGGAAGACCGGCGCCUUGACAGCCAUGGAGACCUGCAUGGUAAGGGAUGAUAACCUGUGGAGGUUGGAUUUUAUAUAUGUGUGUGUGUGUGUGUGUGUUAUAUAUAUAUAUAUAUAUAUAUAUAUAUAUAAAAUGUUGUGCUUAUGCCUUUGUGUGUGCCACAAUUCAACAGGGAGUGCAGAAUGUGGUACUGGGUGCAGGAUUCAGUUUCAUGAAAUCCCCUGUUUUUUAAAUUUCAAAAGGAAGAAUGCAGACUUCUAACCCUUACAGCUGCAGAAAGAUGCUUAAACAAUUAUGCACAGAGCCUUGAAAGCUUGACCUGGGGAUGGUAAGAUUUUCAGUGGUUGGAGAUGCACCUUCAGUGCCCUGUGCAACGCUGUGCCCCACCGUAACAAAACCAGAAGAAAUCAGGCAAAAUAGUAAACCCCAUGUAAAUGAUUAUGCAGAACAAGCAAAUAAAUUGCAUAGUUGAUGCAGGCUGCGUAAUUCAGGUUUUCUUGGUGCAAUUUCUAUUUAAAAAAUCAGCGCAGGGUAUACUAAACCCUGGAUAUGUUCCACCACUACCCUUGAGUUGCUCAAGGCCUUGCAGUCUUGCACUUUCCUGCCUUCCCUGGGUUAGGAAUGAACUGUUGUUGGUCUGGAAAAGGCAGUAUUAACAGUAUGACUUGAAUCUGAUAUUCACUGCUUACCUUCUUGCCUCCUUCUCCAGUGACUUUGUACAACUGUUCUGCUGGCCGUUCUGACUGCAGCCGCUGCAAGGCUGCUCCCCAGCAUUUCCGCUGCAUUUGGUGCCAGCUAGGAGAGGUGGCCAGCUGCAUCUAUGAGGACCUGUGCCCAUCCAAAACUGACGUGGCUGCUUGCCCAUCACCCGUCAUCCACUCGGUGAGGAUCAGCACAGUUAGGUCUGCUGCUCUGGUUAACUGCUGGUCCAUUUCUUGGGAAGUUUUUGUAUAGAACUUGAGCUGGGAAGCUGACUAGAACCCACUUCUGCUAACUUGGACAAAAAACUGAAACCAUUUUGUAAAUGACUUUGAGGUUUUUGUUUUUCCACAAUCAAGUAGUAUAUAAAAUUUAUGAAAUAAGCAGUACCAGUGCUUGUUCUGUUCAGAUUGCUGAUAGUGCACACCACUGAAUGCUUCUCCAUAGAAAAAGUUUUUCUAAAUGUAGAAAACUGACAUGUCAGGGAGAAGGGUUCUGGUAUAGCUUUCAUCCUGACAUCCAGUUUUCUGUGAGCAAGAGAGUGUGUGCUGUGAGUAUUCAGAUAUGUGACCCUUGACCUGCAGUGUGAAGUUGUCCACCUGCUCAAUGGAAACUAGGCCUCAGCCUGUACUUGGUUUGUGUGCAUCUACUUCCUUCGCAGUCUGUCAUAUGCUUGGCAGGGGGUUGGACUCGAUGGCCCUUGUGGUCUCUUCCAACUCUAUGAUUCUAUGAUUCUAAGAUAUAUCUGGUAGACUAGGUUAUUGCCUGAGAGAACUCUUGCUGUAAACCAACUAGUCUCUAGUCUGCUGCCAGUGCUUUUUGUAUCUUUUAGUUCAAUCUGCAGCAGGGAGGACUUGGUUUGGUACUAUAAUGCCCAGUCUGGGUGCUACUACUAAAUGAGGUGUAAUGGGUGACCACUGAGAAAAGGGGCCUUCUCAGAAUGCCCUCCCCACACAGGUUUGCCAGGCUUUAUGGUCUUUUUGGUGCUGGGUGAAGACUUUCCCAUAGCCUCCACUCCAGGCUUUUCAGUUGCAAGUUGCUGAAUCCACUGAAUUUUAGGUCAGUCGUAUUCUUAUAAUGAUGCUGUGUUUUUCUUUAUGUUGUUUUUUUAGAUGUUUUUAUGCUGAAUUGUAAAAAAACUGGAAUCUGUUGGUUGUUUUUUAUCCUCACGAUUUUUAUUAUUUUUAUAAGCUGCCCAGGGAACCGGGCAAUACAUAAAUGCUGCUAAUAAAAUAUUCCUGUUUUCUAGAUUCACCCCAUCACUGCACCCUUGGAGGGGGGCCUGACUCUCACAGUGACAGGAUCCAACCUCGGCCGUCGCUUUGAGGAUGUGGCCGAAACUGUGACUGUGGCUGGAUUGCCAUGCAUCCCUGAUCGAGCUCAGUAUCUGGUUUCUACUAGGUAAGGAGGCCUGGGAGAAGGGCAUGGCUCUCCCGUGUAAAACAUUGAAAACCAGCUUUUUAUGAAGAGCUACAGAGAGCAACCAAUUCCAACCAAGAGAGUUGCGGCUGAGGAAACUAUUUUGUUUCACUGGUUUGCAUAUCAGUUUUAUUUGCUAUGAUGCAUGGCAAGCUAUAUCAGUUGCAUGUGUUACUGAAUGUUUACUGUGUAGCAUUCUACUGAUUUUCAUUAAAUGUGAGGAGUUUGAGCCAGUAGCCUGCUUUAUCUAUUUAAAAUAUUUCUUAGCCUCCUUUCCUUAUUCAGGAUAGUGUACAAAAGUGAAUCAAGCCAACUUACACAUCAUAAUUCACCACAAGGUCUUGUUUCUUCCCACAGCUACCAGGAGGGCAUGGAGGGAGUAGCCCUUACCCUAGCAACUGACACAUGGUGGUUUGAUACUUUUGGAUUGGGAGCUUCCAAACAGAGGCCUUUAUUCAUCUAUCCUGCUAUGGUUUUUUUCUAACCCUCUUGUAAUGCCUACCAAGGUAGUGCCAUUCAAUGCAUCUUGUGGCAGCAAAUUCCAUAAAUUAAUUUACAUGUUGUUGCCUGUCCUGAACUUGUUGCCUGUCACUUUUAUUGGAAGGCACUAAAUUCUAGCAUUACAAGGGAGCUGGAGAAAAUUUAUCUGAUCACUUUCCUUACCUAAUCCAUAUCUUUUUAAGCCUUCAUAUUGUCUGUCUUUAAUCAUUUCUCCUCCCUAAACCAAAAAGCCCCUACGCUUUAUAGCAGUUUCUCUAGCUUAUCGGAAUGCUUAGUUUUUUUGAAUAGCAUUCCUCCUUGCCAGCCUCGAGAGAGAGGCUAGUCACGACUCCCACUUUUCAGAUGGAGGGCUGAGGACAAAAUAGAAAGCUUGGCCUAGCACCACUCACUGGGAUCUGUGACUGAGCUAAAUUUGAACUCUGGCCUCUCAUGUUCAAGUAAACGCUAGGCACAGGAACUGAAGCACAUAAUGGGUGGUAUUCAACUAAGUUUUACUCAGAGUAGACUUGUUCAGUCAGUUUCAACUACCCGGUUCUGUUGCAAGAAGCCAGUACAAGGACUCUAGCUAGCGCAAUGGGGCUUCUCCCACACCUCCCCCAGAUUAACUCUGCAGGGUCGGGAGAACCCCCCAGAACAGCACAUAGGGGAGAAAAAGGGAGAUCAUUCCAUCAGGCAAGCAGAAAUGGUUGAGUUUAUGGGAUGAUCUCCUUAGUGCUGUGUUUUGCUUCUUCUUCCUCUUCUGGCCCACCGGCUCUAUCUCUUUUGUCCUUGCUCUUCAAAAUGUCUGCCAUGGACUUUGGCAGGCUCCUUCAUGACAGGGCCUUUCUGCUGUUCUCUACAGGAUUGUGUGUCAUGUUUCUCCUGGAAAGCGAGGCUUAUCUGGCCCUGUCCAGGUCACUGUAGGAGACCGUCCGCCAGGGGUUUCUGAGACUCACUUCACUUAUCAGGUCAGUAUCUUACAGAGGACUGGCGGAUGCCCAAGGAGUGGGUCUAGGGAAAUACUCUAGCUUGGAACUGGGGGACCAGGCCAGAGAUAAGCGUAUUUGCUCCUAGUGGUUCCCUAACACUGUAAACUUCCUCCAUGUCACUACUACUUGGGAGGGAAAUGGGAGGGAGAAGUCAGAUGUUGGCAACACACACAAGCCUGUCCCAUUUAAGCCAUGGUUUAGCAAGAUGUACAUGAGUAGGAAGGAGCCCCUGUGAGCCUCAAGCUCAGGGGCUUCUCUCCCACUUCCCUUUCUCCCCUUGCAGCUGGAAGGCGGAUUAUGGCAACUUCCCACCCCCUUUCCCAUUCGACUUGUCAUGUUGCCCAAACCCAGGUCUCUGGUUUAUAGGAACCGGCUCCUAGGGGCCCUAGGUCCCUUUGCCACCCCCCAAUAAAAUAUUUGAGGGAGCCAGGCCCUGCAAAUUGGAUGGGCAUUGCCAUGCAAAUGGUGUGCGUGAACCAUGUCUUGUGAUUGCUUAUGUGAGGUGGGGCUUACCUCCCCCUCCCCCCCGAUAUUUUAUUCAAGUUGGCACCCCUGCCAGACUCUGGUUAGUUUUAAGAAGCCAGCUUCAGAAAUCACAAUUGGGAGUUCACUUGUUUUGAAACUGACCAGAGCUGGUCAUAAGCCACGACCCCUUGUUCAGGCAACAAGACAAGGCCUUGGAAGAGCAAAAUUGAAAGCUGCUGAAGUCUUCCUCCAGGUCACUUGGGGGGGAAUGGUGAAGGGGAGGCUUGUGGCCGCAACUUCCUGCCUGUACGCAUAAAGUUAAGUAUGAUAUGCGAACCUAACCCCUGUCCACAGGCCUAAUGGGUGCUUCUUUCCCUAGGACCCCACCCUUCUUGAUCUGCACCCCCAGCUUGGCCCCAUGGCUGGAGGCACUCGAGUCACCAUCACUGGGGAGGAACUUCUGACAGGCACUGAGAUUGCUGCCUACGUAGGGGCGCUGCCCUGUAUUCUGUAAGUGGUGUUGCCCCCUGACUUUGACCUUCCUCCUCCUCUUCUUUUCUCCACUAGUCUUGCCUCAAGCCUUCACUUAACGUCUUUGCUCUCCCAACAGCGAGGAGCCUGUGCAACCAGGAGCCAUCGUUUGUCGUACCAGUGCUAGCCUCAAGCCACAAGAGGUGUCUGUCUGGGUCCAGUAUGAAGGGGCUGAGCGCCAGCUGCGGGGCAAGACCUUCCAUUACACACCCAACCCCCAACUCACUGCGGCUUCCCCACUCACCAGCUUCCAUGGGUAAAAAGAAUGUAGGGGAGCGGGAAUGAUCAGAGCUGUCACCCAGUUAAAUAAAAUAUUGAUUCAUCAGUCAAUUAAAUCUACAUGAGUUUGCUGCAGUUAAAAAAUGUAGUUUUGCAAAAAGACCAAGCUUACUUAGUUUUAAAAUGAUGUAUGCAUAUACCACAAUGCAUAUAUCUGUGUUUUUCUUUAAGUCUUCCCCUUCUACAAGGAGAGAUGGGUGACUGGCCUUGCCAUCUUCAUUUUUAUAACCAAAUGUAUUGAAUUGGGAUGGGGGGAGAGACAUUACAGUCCCAGUGCAAAUCAAUAUGCAUGCAUGAAUGUGCUGGCUAUUUUUUAUUUGUAAUCAGCUCAGCAAGGGCUAAAACGUGAAUGAUGUUCUGUCAGGUUUGGUGCUAAAUUCUGAAAGAGGUGCAGGGGUUUCAGGCUGAAUGUUUGCAGAUGUAGCUAUGGGUCCCUGGGCUUCCUUUAACUUGAGGGGACUCAGUAAAGGAAUAACUCAAAGGUUAAGUUUUGAAGGGAGUGAAAUUUGGAUGUGAGUAGGUGUUUUGGGAGGGACAUACCAUACCACUGCUCUACCACUGAGAUCCAGUGCUGAGGGCCUUCUGGUGGUUCCUGUGGAAUGCCAUCCCACCAGAUGUCAAAGAUAUUAACAACUACCUGAUGUUUAGAAGACAUCUGAAUAAUAAUUUAUAUAAUAAUAAUUUAUUAUUUAUACCCCGCCCAUCUGGCUGAGUUUCCCCAGCCACUCUGGGUGGCUUCCAAUCAAGUGUUAAAAACAAUACAGCAUUAAAUAUUAAAAACUUCCCUAAACAGGACUGCCUUCAGAUGUCUUUUAAAGAGAAGAUAGCUGCUUAUUUCCUUCACAUCUGAAGGGAGGGCAUUCCACAGGGCGGGCGCCACUACCCAGAAGGCCCUCUGCCUGGUUCCCUGUAACUUCUCGCAAUGAGGGAACUGCCAGAAGGCCCUCGGCACUGGACCUCAGUGUCCGGGCUGAACGAUGGAGGUGGAAACGCUCCUUCAGGUAUACAGGACCGAGGCCGUUUAGAGCUUUAAAGGUCAGCACCAACACUUUGAAUUGUGCUCGGAAACAUACUGGGAGCCAAUGCAGGUCUAUCAGGACCGGUGAUAUGUGAAGGCAGCCCUGUUUAGGGAGGUUUUUAGUGUUUGAUGUUUUAAUGUAUUUUUAAUCUCUGUUGGAAGGCACCCAGAGUGGCUGGGGAAACCCAGCCAGAUGGGUGUGGUACAAAUAAAUUAUGAUGAAGAUGAUGAUGAUGAUGAUGCAUAAGGAGCAGCAGGUGGAAGGACAGAGAUGGUUAAGGGAGUCAGGCAUCUGAGGAGGAAAUGGAGGCAAAGCAAAAGUAGGGUCACACGUGGACCCCUGCAGCUGUGAAAUUCCCAUGGGAAUCUGUUUGGACCUCUGGUCUGAACCAGCAGGGCCGCUCUUAUGUUCCUGUGACUGUAGUGCCUGUGUCAAACCCAUGGGUGGCAUGCCCUCCACUGCUUCAGCCACAUCUCACCUUCCUGGGUGCUGUGUUUCUCCAGGGGCGGACGGAUCAUCUAUGUGAAAGGGACUAAUUUGGAUGUGGUGCAGCAGCCACUCAUCAAAGCCAUCCUGGAGCCAGAGGAGAUGGCAAGUGGAAGCAGCCGGGAGAAAAGAGCCUGCGACUCCUUGCAGGGCCCCCACAUCCCACUGACCCCCGCUCCACCCCACCCCUGUGCUGAGGUGGGAGACAUGUUGGAGGUGAGUGCAGGGAGGAAAGGAAUGCUUUGGCUUGUGGAUUACAAUUCAGGGGUCUCUCACUCCCUCCCUCUCCCUUCUUGCAUCUCCACAGUGCUGGGAGCCUUGUUGCUCCAAUUCGUCCACCCUUCUCCUCUGCCCAUCACCUGCUGUGCCACCCAAUGCCCGCUUCCGACAUCUUCGCUUUGAGCUGGAUGGACUCCAUGUCCCCUUCAGCAAUGCCAGUGGGGGCCAGAAUUUCUCCUACAAGCCUAAUCCCCACCUGCGCUGGCCUGGGCGGGAUUCCACUGGACGUCCUUUCAGUCUUAAACCUGGCAAUGUCUUGGACAUUGAGGUGAGUGGCCAUAUUAAGGUGAGGUAAGAUCUUGGAAGUGGGGAGUGGAGUCCCUAGGAUGCAAUAAUCACUCCUUUGCUUCCUAGCACAGUGAUACUGAGUGGGGCGUUUCUUACUCCUACCCUAAAACUCGCUCAGCUGUCCUUUUAUGCUGCUGCCAAGGCCUGCAAAUCCUCAUUGAUGCCCUGUAUGUGGAUUUAUUGAACACACAAUUGCAGUGAAGUGGUCUUGAUUUGAAGCAGUCUUGCAUUGACUGCAUGCCAGAAGAGAGAUCUGAACUGCAGCUUGGAAAAGCUAAGCCACCGUCUGCAAAUAUCAAGGCCCACUCAAGGUGUUUUGCUAUCUGAGGCAGAGCAGGAAGUGGUGACCCUGCCCCCAAAUCAAUGGUCAUUGUACCCAAGGGCACUUGAGGCCAAAGAUCACAUAAGGACUUCUCCCCCUCACUGGCAGUAAAAAUACAAUACAGUGGUACCUCUGGUUACAAAUGCUUCUGGUUAUGAACACUUCAGGUUACGAGCUCCGCUAACCCGGAAGUAGCCGCUCCUGGUUGCAAACUUUGCCCCAGGAUGCGAACGGAAAUCGCACGCCGGAGGCCCCAUCAGCAAAAGCGCACCUCAGGAUAAGAACAGUUUCAGCUUAAGAACAGACCUCCGGAACGAAUUAAGUUCGUAACCAGAGGUAUCACUGUAUAGUAAGUUAACUAUCAAUAUGCUGCCCUACAAUCCGCAACCUCCAGCUGACUAGAAAGUCAGGAUGUCAGGAGGCAGUACAUUAAUAGGGCUGUUCUGCUGCUUCAGUGAAUAACUGGGGGGGUUAUUGGGUUUUUUUGUUACUAGGUUAUAGGGUUGCCAUACAUCUGCAAUUUCCCGGACAUCGCCAGGAUUUGCUCGUCGGAAACAGCGUUGGGAUGUAAAUUGCUGAAAUGUCUGGAAAAAUCCAGACACACGGUUUAAAAAAGUUCAAAAAGUUCAUUUUUGUACCUGAUUUUGCAAAAAAAAAAAAAAAGGCUCAACAACUUUGGGCGAAACUUUAAAAAACCCCAGCUUUUUGAAAGAUAGCAACCCUAUGUGUUAUGUAUAUUUGUGUUUUUAAAUUGUAAACCACCCUGUGAUCCUCAGAUGAAGAGUGGGAUAGAACUUUAAUAAAUAAAAUAAUAAUAAUUGCUACGGGAACUGUUCAAGAAAUAUAUGUAUGUGUGUAUGUACAGUAUAUGUUUGUGUGUAUACAUGUUUGCGCGCGCGCGCACACACACACACACCUAUACACAUAUACACAUAUAUGGAUAGGUAAAGGGUAAAGGGACCCCUGACCAUUAAGUCCAGCCGCAGACGACUCUUGGGGUUGCGGCGCUCAUCUCGCUUUAUUGGCCGAGGGAGCCGGCGUACAGCUUCCGGGUCAUGUGGCCAGCAUGACUAAGCCGCUUCUGGCGAACCAGAGCACCUUCCCACCAUAGUAGUACCUUAUUAUCUACUUGCACUUUGGCGUGCUUUCGAACUGCUAGGUUGGCAGGAGCUGGGACCGAGCAAUGGGAGCUCACCCCGUUGUGGGGAUUCAAACCGCCAACCUUCCAAUCAGCAAGUCCUAGACUCAGUGGUUUAGACCACAGCGCCACCCAUGUCCCUAUAUAUGGAUAAUAUCUACUUUUAGUACUAAUUAAUACUAGUAGACUGCAGGUUGUGAAUGCAUGAAUUGCACUAACGUUUUCUGGGGCGCAAUUAUUUUCUGAAUUAGUAUAAAUAUAGUAUAAAUAAGUAUUACUUACACUAAUUCAGAAAAUAAUUGUGCCCUAGGUAUCAAAAGUUUAGAAAACGGUACUGCAAUUUAUGCAUUCACAACUUUCAGUCUACCUAUUGAGCACAGCCCAACAGCCCUAUCUUGGUGGCCAGCUGUCCUCUCAGCCCCCCUCCUUUUGAUGGUGUUUGUGUGGAGGGGGUGGCCAGUCUUAUGCAGGCAGCAAAACGGGUAGAUUUAUGGCGUCAUUGGAUGGCUGCAUUUGGCUUGAUGGAUCACAAACUGUGAAUGCCUAGUGUUGCUUCUUUAGCUAUUAGCACGUAAAGUUCUUGCCUUGUUUUCUCCUUCUCUUGAUGAGCUCUUGGGCAGUUGGCUGGGUCUGUCUUUAUGCCUACUGGUGAGAUCAGAAGGUAUUGGGCUGGUAUUACAGUGUCUAGCUUGGAAGCAAAGGGGAUAUGGGGUUCUGCUGGCCAGCAGCACUGCUUCAACUUGUGUGUACAUACAGGGAAAUUCACCUUUUGCCUCUUUCUCUCUUUCUGCUGCCCUGCAGGGAGAAGGCUUGACCCUUGGCAUCAGCAAGAACGAAGUGAGGGUCAUCAUUGGCAACAGCAUCUGUACCGUCAAGACCCUAACACUGACCCAUUUGUACUGUGAACCCCCACUGCAGCCCCCACAGCCACUUAAUGCUUCCUCUGUGCUCCCAGAGUUCAUUGUGAGUAGGUUGCAGGGAAGGGAGAGAUAGGCUGCAUGCAGGAGUUAACCUCUUUGGGAUUCCCCUUGUAAUGGGGAAAGUUCUUCCUCUCUUGAAACUUUGGAAAGACCUCCUGCGUGGCCUAGAUUUUAUCAGGCAACCCUCCCUCUCUUACUAAGAAUGUUAACUUGUUUAAAGUGCAUAUAUAAGCUCACACCCUUGUAGUUUGCAUAAUGACAAAUUAGUAGCUACCAGAGUCAAGUUUCCCACUCCACCCAGAGAGUGUGUACAGGAAUCAAAGGUCUGCACAGUAAUGCUAUAUUGGUUUUAUGCCUGUGUUAACUGCUGUUGCCGUGGCUUUUUCCUGGUAGGUUGUUGUUGGAGAUCCCAACCCCAUAACAAACAAUUCCCUGAGGAGAGGGAGUGGCUUAAACUGGUUUAUGUAGUGUAAAUAUGUACUUAGUGAUCAAGAUCAAAUUUAGAAUCCUUUAUGUGGCCUUACUGUGUGUGCAAAGGUAUUAAGGAGAUAAUGAAUGGAGUUGUGAGGUCCUGCUUAUGUGUCCUUCCUUUUCCUGCUCCAACCAAAAGUCACUUGGUUGAUGACUGGGAUCAGGAUUGCUAAACCCUGACCCAGAGGUGGUGGCUGCUUUUGCAGACUUGCAGGCCACGCCCUGUGUAGGAUCAGUGCUCAGAAAUGCAUUUUUUACCUGUUUCUGUCCAUUUUUUAUGUGCAUGUAACAUACCUUAAGUCCCCCCCCCCUUUGGCUGGUUUAAAUUAUUUGAAAACUUCAAGGAAUGAAACAGUUUUGUUGCUAUAAAAAAGGUCAUAGAAUCCUUUUAUUUUUGGCUCUCCUAUAUCCAAAAAUGUUAACAUGCUGAUGUAAAGCAGAUACAAAAAACAGCUAGGAAUUGUUUUAGUGUAACAUCAUAUACUGUUUUUGUAGCUCUUUACCUUUCCUUGUUCAGAUUACAAAAUAGAGUAUAUAUUUCAAUUUUAUUUUAGACGUAAGGCUUUUGGCUGACAUAUGGGAUUUUAAAUGUCCAUUUUCUCAACAUCCCAGUGUCACAGAAGGUUGGUUUGCACACCAAACUGUGCCUUGUUUAAUGUCCUACAAUUGGUUUCAUAUCAUAUUUUGUAAAUAGUUUUGGUGUUGCCCAAAAUAAUUUUUUAAGUGGUUGCCAUUUUGUGAUUCCACACCCCCGCCCCAACUUAGGCAUCUAAAAAGCUUUGUGUUAAUUAUUAGGCUUGCCUUCAAAAUGUCAUCAAAACAGGUUAAGCAGUGUGGCAGCAACAGCAAGAGUUGAUGUCUACACUCUGUGUGGCUACCCUGGCCAGAGAGUAAAAUGCAUUGGUCAGAUACAGACAGAUUUGGAUUCAGCCGGUCAAAACACACUGAAGCAAACACAUUCCCCUUAAGUAGGCUAAAAGCUUGCGGAAACUUGCUGGCUAUCAUGCCCCAAUCUUAUGCUUCACUGUGCCUCUGGAUUAAAUAGUAGGUCAGAACUUUUCAGUAGAUUGUGGGAGACUUGUCAGGAAACAAAGAGGAGAGAACUAUCAGUGCAAGCUGAGGUUUCCUCAUAGUAGUAGGAACAACUGUUUUAGGGUUAGGUUUUGUCUUUGAAAAGUAUGGAAUCUCCUGCUGUAUACAGUUAGAUCUGCAGGCUUGGAAUGGCCCUUCUUUAUAUAUUGUUGGACUCCCAUCAGCCCAGUCAGCAUGCCCAGUGGUCACGGAUGAUGGGGGGAGGGGAGUGUUAAACACAUCUGGCGGGAGGGUGAACAGGGCAAAGGAUACGGAAUUCUUCAAAUUCCAUAAUGAUUUCAGUUGAUCAUUUGAACUGGAUUUUGAUUCACAAAGACUUAUGCCCCAGUAUAUUUGUAAGUUUUUAAGGCGCCACAAGACUUUGCUGUUUUGCUGCUACAGACAAAUCCGGCCACCUCUCUGGAGUCAUAUUUCUGUGUUGUCGUUGUCACUUUACAGGUGCAAAUGGGAAACUUGCGCCUGGAUCUUGGCCGAGUUCGCUAUGACACUGAGCCACCCUCCCGUUUCCCACCGGAAGCCCAAAUUGGGCUGGGGGUGGGGGCAGCCGUGCUGGCUUUUGUAGUGCUGCUGCUCAUCCUCAUGUACAGGUAUCAACAUUACGAUGUUUCAGGGGGAGGGGGAUGAAACGUUGCCUUGUUUCCUUCAACCCCGCCCCCCAAAUCCUUGCUUCUGUAAAAACUGUGUUGCUCCUCCCCUCAUCCUGGCAGGCGAAAGAGCAAGCAAGCCCUACGAGACUACAAGAAAGUGCUGGUGCAGCUUGAGAACAUGGAGAUCAGCGUUGGGGACCAGUGCCGCAAGGAAUUCACUGGUAUGGAAUGGGGGGGGGGAGCAAGUAUGGAAGAGGGAGGAGGUGAGUUUGAGCCACAGGCAGGAGAGCAGUGGCAUGAAAUAGACGAAGGAACAGCUUGAGGAGGGUGGGGGAAGUGAAACUAUGCUUUUCUGAAUAAUACCUGAAUGAUACGGAGGACUAGGAAUAAGGUUGUGUUAUCACUCCCUCCACCCCUUGUAAUAACCCUACUCUCCUAAUUAUAAGCAGCAGUCUGGGGCACAGAAAUUAAGCAGGUGACAUGGAGGGAGGUGGUGAGACAAAUUUCACUUGCCUAAUUUCUGAGUGCUGGGCUAUUCAAAGCCAAGAGUUGGGGAGCCAGUAGCCCUUCAGAUGUUGUUGAACUUCAUCUCCCUUCAUCUCUGACCCGUUGGUUGUGCUGACUGGGACUGAUAUGCAUUGGAGACCAACAACACCCCAAAAGCCACAGGUUCCCCGUUCCUAGUUUAAAUGUGCAGGAUUUAAUGAGUCUGUGGCUGUAUAAUGAUUGAUUGAUGAUGAUGCACAAGAACAGAGUUCGAAAGGUAUUUCCUGAAGGGAUACAUUUCCAGAAUUUCAAAAAGGAAGCUGUUUUGAGAUGAAUUCCAGAAGGAUGUUUGCUGAGAGUCGCUAACAGCUACGUAUUUGGGUAAAGAAUUCCAUCAAACGGGGAUCUUUUCUCCUAAUGUAAUGGUUGUGUGUUGCUCACGCUUUUCUUUUGCUUUUUCUCUCCACCCCCUCUUCAUUCUUGCCUUCCCACCCGUCUCCCAACACAACCCCCUGCUUGCUUCAGACCUGAUGACGGAAAUGACUGACCUGAGCGGGGAGCUGGAGGGGUCAGGGAUCCCAUUCCUGGACUACAACACCUACACCCAGCGGGUCUUCUUCCCGGCUCAGGGGGACGUGCCGUUGCGGCGUGUGCUGGAUCUGCCCGAGGGGCGCCGUGCCACAGUGGAGCAGGGCCUGGGGCAACUCUCCAAUCUGCUGAACAGCAAAGUCUUCCUGCUGACGGUGGGUGAUCUGGGGGGAUAAGGGGAGAGGGUCCAGAAAGUGGCUGCGCUAGAGGGUCAGUGCUAUGCCAUACUUGGGGGCAUUGGGAGUGGGGGGAGAGGUUUCUUGUAAGUGGAGAUUUUUGGGGUUUUCUGUCUGUGUAUGAAUGCAUAUGAAUGCAAGAUCAGCCGUGUACCUUUUUUAAUUUCCAGAUAAAUUGAGAGAGCGAGUGCCUUAAGGAGCACAAUUCUAGUUGUACUGAACAGUAGGUGGAGAUACAGUAUGGAGAGACUUCAGUUCGAGAGCAGCUGCUUCUGAAAGUCUCUUCCUGCAUUUAGGCCAUGUAAAUGUGUGCUGAUAACCUCUGGGGUCGCAUUCUGGCACCUCCUUGCUCAGGGAUGGGGAACCUGGCACUCUCCACAUGGUGCUAGAUUCCAAGUCCCAUCAUCCACAGCCAGCAUGGCCCAAUGGUCAGGAAGGAUGGGAGCUGUAGUUCAGCAGACCAUCGGGGUGUUUAUGUGUGUGCGUGCUUUAGGGGUUCUGUUCUGCUGUAUGAAUGGAUGAAGGCGGCACACAACAUCUGCCCCGAGUUCUGUUUCCUGCUCUGGAGAAGGAGUAGGACUGAACGGGUUGUGUGAGGAUUCUGGCAGAGGUGAUGAGAGUCUUCCCUUGCUGUUCCCAGUUAAUCCGAACUCUGGAGGCCCAGCCUACCUUCUCCCAGCGGGAUCGAUGUCAUACAGCAUCACUGCUCUCAUUGGCUCUUCAUGGGCGCCUGGAGUAUCUUACAGACAUCAUGCAGACUCUGCUGAGUGAUCUUGCUGCCCACUGCGUCACCCGCAAUGCCAAGCUCAUGCUUCGCAGGUAGGCCCUGUGUUCAGGAUGGGGCAUUGUGGAGGUGGGGAAAGAUGUCCUUGUUCCAAGAAGUCCCCAUAGGUGCCUUCUCCCACUCCUUCCCCUGGGGGGGGGUGUGGAUGCUUUCACAGUUGGUGGGGGCUGCCAACUGGCAAGAAUUUUUAUUUGCCUGGCCAGAAUUAAUCCACCUGGCUUGCUGCCAGAACUGAAGAAUGCAAUGCCCUGCCCCCCCCCCAAAAAACCUGUUAUAUUUUGCUGGUGGUUUAUGUCCACAAGGUAAUUAAUGCUUAAACUGGAAUGCCUCAAAACACAAAAGUGCUGAAAUAAAUUAGAGAUGAGGAGCAUUUCAAAAACUCUAGUUUUGCUGCUUUAUAUUAAAACAGCAAGUUUUUUAUACUUCUAAACAGAAAGCAGUUCCUUGAACUAGGUUUAAGCAUUCUAUAUAUGUUGAGAGACUGUCCUGAUGUUUUUAUAAACAGCAACACUUAAACUUACUUUCCAUCAAAAGGGCCCUCAGUACCUGUUUUUAAAAAAGUAUUCAUCUUAAGGUACCACAAGUUAUUAUUUCAUAACCACUCUACUUAAUCCUGCAGAACAGAGCUUUGAAUUUAAAACUGUGGGCAAAGGAUUGCUGUCACCAUCUUGUGCCACAGCUGGUAGCAUAUCUUGGCAUGAGGGGGGAGGGGGGACGCUAGCAACUCUACUUAGCUCCUCAACUGUCCUGCAGGACAGAGACCAUGGUAGAGAAGCUGCUGACCAACUGGAUGUCCAUCUGCCUCUACUCCUAUCUCAGGGUAAGUUGUAAAGCCUGUUUGGAUGAUGCCUUCUGCGUCUAAGGUGGGACUUUGCACUUUUAAACUUAAAAUCCAUUGUUGUAUAUUGUUUUAAAUGUUUGUUUUGCUAUUGGGAUUGUAGUUCCAUUUGUGUUUCUCAAGCUGGUCUCUGACCGUAAUAAAUUUCAUGUUUCAUGUCUAAGGUGGGAGAAACUUGUCCCACAUUUUUCCACAAGUGCUCACUCUCCUGCUAAUUGUUCUUGCCUAGUCCUGUGGCUUGUUGAGGCUUCAUAGGGGUAAACAUUUUAUCAUGCUCUCUCGUCCCACAGCUAGUCCAGGGCAUGCCUAAGACAUUUUGAUGCUGAAGGCAGAACAACCCAGAGUACCCUAUCCAAACAUACUUAAAUUCAGAGUGGAGUGCAAUCCACCUUGUGCAAGUGAUUAUAUUCAUUUAUUCAUUGCACUUUUAUGCUGCUUGAAGAGGCACAUGUGGUUUCCCUGCCCCCUUUUAUCUUCUCAGCAGUCCUGUGAGGGAGGUUGGGCUGAGCAAGAGAGUGCCCGGCCCAAGGCCAGUCUGUAAAUGCUUGUGGAUAAAUAGGAAUCUGGGUCUUAUUAAGUCUUGUGUGACACUCUAGCCAUGACACUACAUCAGCUUUCAUAGGAAAUGUAUGUAGGAAAACGUCUCAGUGGAUUGGAUCUUUCUCUUCAAGUUUCACUUGAGAACUGAAUUAAGUGGCCAGCACCACCACCUGUGCUUUUUUGGUACUUUGCUUGGAAUUUCCAAAAAUGUACACUGUCGUGAUGGUGGGUCUGGUAGAAAAAUGUAUGAUUUUGAGGCUCCUACUUCUAGCUGUGCAGGUGUGGGGUUGUUAAGUGCAGUGCAGGGACUGUAGUGACUCUGGAGCCCAGGCGUCCUUCUCAUUCCUUCCCCUCCUCCUCUGUGUUUUCCAAUGAAGGAGGUGGCUGGUGAGCCCCUGUACAUGCUGUUCCGUGCCAUUAAGUACCAGGUGGACAAGGGCCCAGUGGAUGCUGUGACAGGCAAGGCCAAACGGACACUGAAUGAUGGGCGGCUGCUGAGAGAAGACGUGGAGUAUCGGCCCCUCAACCUGACUGUCCUGGUGCGGGGGGGUGGCCCAGGUGGUGCGGGUGAGACUCAGCGCAUCCCAGCCCGUGUCCUUGAUACAGACACCAUCACUCAAGUGAAGGAGAAAAUUUUGGACCAGGUCUACAAAGGCGUCCCUUUCUCCCAGCGCCCCUCGGUGCACUCCCUUGACUUGGGUAAGGAGUCUUAUUCUUCAUUCUCCAUUCUCCAUUCUCCAUUCUCCAUUCUCCACUCCCCACCCCCCACCCCAAUCUGUGGGUCUUCCUUUGGAUAAGGAAGGACCAAAACCUGUUGAGGAUGUUUAGUUCAUUUUGAGAGAGGCCAACAUGAAGUUGUCCUGGGCUUGCUGUGGAGAUUUGGGGGCAGGGGGUGGAAGUAGGAGACCCUCACCUGCCACUCUUCCUUUCCUCAGAGUGGCGCUCAGGCGUUGCUGGCCACCUGACGCUUUCGGAUGAGGAUCUGACCUCCAUCACGCAGAACCAAUGGAAGAGACUCAACACUCUACAACAUUACAAGGUAUGGGGUUGGGUGGGAUGCAGCUGAGUGGUAGAAGCAGGGAGGGAGGGAGUAUAGAGUCGGGUAGCCAAUGUGGUGCCCUCCAGACUCCAGUUCCCAUUAGCACCAGACAGAAUGGCAAGUGGUCAGGGUUGAUGGGAGUUGUAGUCCAGCGGCAUCUGGAGGGCCUCACAUUGGCUACCCUGAUCGUGUCUGCAAUGCAGGGCUUCCACGUUUUGCUUCUGGCAGGAGAUUCAUGGUGCUGGGAACAAAUUCUCACCUUCUUGUUUACUGUCCUUCCUCUUUUCCCCAGGUUCCAGAUGGGGCCACAGUUGGCCUCAUUCCCCGCCUUCACAAUGACAUCUCCCAAGGCACCAGCCAGAACUUCUUCUCUGGAGAAAGUGAGUCUGCCUGUCUCUCUCUUCCUUGAGCCAUUGCUCUCCCAUGCCGUAGAGCAACCUCCUUUUCCCCUCCUCUCUGCAACUGGCAGCAACUUGUACACUGCAAAGAGAUGUGGUUUUAACUAUGGGCACAAAUGGUGAGCAGUGCAGCUCAACUGCAGUGUGUGUGUCAUAGGUUGGGUAGGGAAGUCUCUUGCCUGUUCAUGGAGGGAAGCACCUUAGCCCUUUUUUUGUAAUGUGUGUGAAGAGUUCCUUAAUUUUCUAGCCUGAAAAAGUAAUGGAAAAGCUCCAGACCAGGAGACUCUAAAAUUAAUGCCUGUAGAUGUUUCUUCCUUCUCCUUUUGUACAUAAUGGUAAUUCAGGUUAUCACAUGAGAAUAAGCCUGUUUUAUUUCUGUAUCUAUAGAGGCCUUUUGUUUUGCAAACAAGGGAGUCAAGUUUUUUCUAGUCUUCUUUUAGUCUAGGAAAGAAGAGCACAGAUUGACAUUUGUUAUAAAUGCUCUGGGAGUGGCAACAAGAGGUGCACAGGGCCAGAGGCAGACAAACUGGAAACUUCUUAGGGAGGUACUGGAAUUAAGUGUGAGGUGGUUGGGGAAAGGCCUGUGUGUGUGUGUGUGUGUGUGUGUGUGUGUUGCUUUUGUAGACCUUUAACAGAAACUCUAAACAUUUUUUUAGAUUUUUCUUUGCCACCUGGAGGAUUAGAUACUUCUUUGGCUCCCUUUUACACCCCCCCAAAAAAACCCUUCAAAUGAUAGCAUUGUUUAUGUGAGAGCCAUUUAGAUUCUGCAUUACAGAAGAAUAUUCUGCACUUGGCCAUGAUAAAAAGUUCCCAAACUUCUGUGCUGCUUCCUUUAUUCCUUGGGGGUGUGGGUGUACGGGCCAUGUCAGUCCCACCAAGCCUCCCACUGGGCCCGUGCCUCCUCCUUCCUUCUUGCAGGCAUCAUCAUUUAUCUCACACCUUUGUUUGCUGCUGCUGCUGGUAGCCAGGACUGGGGCCCUCACAGUUGCCUCAGCUGUCCACAGGACAGGCAGGUGCCCUGAGGGCUGCCCAGUGGACUGCCCCGUUUUCCAUUGUAAUGAAUUCCUGUUGUGCUCUUUGCAGACACUCCAAUGCUAGAGGAUGGUGAGGAUGGGGGGCUACGCCUCUGGCACCUGGUAAAGCCAUCUGAAGAGCCUGAACUCACAAAACAGCAGCAAGAGCGGCGCAGCAGCCUUCGGGAGCGUGCCAAGGCGAUUCCUGAGAUCUACCUCACCCGCUUGCUUUCCAUGAAGGUAAGAGGGAAAGCAUUUUCCCCCCUCCUAAGCCAUUCUCCAGUUAUACCAGCCCUUUUAGAGCAGUGGGAUUCUUCAGAGCCUAAUCAGGAUUUCUUCCGUGAAUAGAUCAAUAAUGACAGACACAUUUCCCUGCGUGAACGUGACUAGGUGCCCUUGAACAGGGCUUCUCAAACCAUGGUCCAUGGACUGCCAGUGGUCUCUGAGCUUCAUUUGGGUGGUCCAUGCUGUGUCCACAUUCAAUAUUGUAUUGAUUUUUCAUAUUGAUUCUGUGGAGUUCAAGUUGUAACACAAUAAAAUACAACUGAAGAAGCAAAAGAAGAAAUAAAAAUACAGUUGAAAAUCAUAUAGCGUCUAGCCCAGUGCAUUACACUUGCUUACAACAGGCAGGAAAGCAAUUGUUGUCCACCAAGGCCCUCAGCAAUUUUCAAGUGGCCCAGGAAUGGGAUGAGUGGAGUUCGAGAGCCACUGCCCUAGAAUAUUUCCUGGGUUCCUUGACAUGGUAAAUCUGAAAAUGUUGGCUGCCACAUCUAGAAAUCACAAGGGCCUUGUCUCCCAGCCUGCAAGCAGUGCAGAUGAAAAGUUUUGUGUAUCUGUCAUGGGCAGUGCUUUUUUUCUAGAAAAAUAGGUGCUGGUACUCACCAAGAAGUAUCACACUUUUUAACAACAACAAAAAGAGGCUCUGGUACCAUAAAGUUGUUACAGUAAGUGCCACACUUUUUAACAACAAGAACAAAGAGGUGCUGGUACUGUAUACUCUUGAAUUCCCCCUGGGGGGAAAAAGCACUGGUUAUAGGCAUACAGUAUUUUGCAGUUCCUGUAGACUAGACUUUCCCUGCAGAUACUGUUGGACUCCAAAUUCCAUCACUUCAACUAUUGGCACUGCCGGCUGGAGCCGAUGGGAGUUGGAGUCCAACAAUAUCGGGAGGGGAUCUGUUUGAGGAAGGCUGCUGUAGACACUGCUCUUGGAAGAUUAAUACUUAAUACAAUAUAGAAUAGAACCUUGUUCUGGUCAUGCUUCUUGUUGCUGCUGCUGCUGCUGCUUUGUUUCUUACCUGCGUUUCACCAUGAGGUCCCAGGUCCAGUUACCAACAAUUUAAAUUAAGAGGUUAGAAUAGGGUUAAGUGGGCAGCUGUAUAUUGACUACUCUAGGAAUUUUUUUGUCACAUAUGCAACACAUCAACAGUUGAACAGGUUAAAUCUUGUUUGUUUGGGGUGUGAUGAUUCUUAGCCUAAGGCAGUUGCCAAAGAUACUUCAUACAGUCCUCUAAACUGAAGGAUAAACAACCAGUUCAAUUUAUUUGACAAUUUUGAAACUAGUAUGGUGGCAGGUGGGUUUGUUUUGUCCUUGGCAAGUUCCAUUCCAUAUAAGUCAAACUUUUCCAUCCAUAUUCAGUUUGGGGCUAUAAUACAGAGGUACAAUAAUGUUGGAAAUGUAUUUAAGACUAGAUGCUCCUGAGAGCAUGACAGUUGUUGUUUUGAGAAUGGAAUGGGCUGGAGGAGUCUACUGGAGAUGAGAUCCCAGAUCUAUAGGCUUAGCUGUUGGUUUCAAGUUCUUUCAAGGGAGGAAAAAGGGACUCCCCGUGUUAUGCUUUCAGGAGCAGUUUCUGUCAGUCUGUACAAAAAAAACCCCGGUAUUUGGACACCAGAUUGCUCUGUUGCCAAUGCAGGACGCUGUAGAAACAUGCUGUUAUUUAUGUGGCUGAUUCCUGGCUGUCUCAGCAGUGCACCUAUGUGUCUCUAAUCCCCUCUUUCUUCCAUUUAUUCUCCAAAGGGGACGCUACAGAAGUUUGUGGAUGAUGUGUUCCAGGCUGUCCUGAGUGUGAACCGCCCAGUACCAAUUGCUGUCAAGUAUCUGUUUGACCUGCUGGAUGAGCUAGCAGCGCGGCACGGGGUCACUGAGCCAGAGACGCUGCACAUCUGGAAAACAAACAGGUGGGGUGGACACAGGGUUGCUGAGGCAGCAUUGGCUGGGAAUGGAUGGUGGCAGUAGGAGCUGAGACUGGGACAGUGGGUUGUAGAGACUGAACAUUUUCCACCAGAAGGGCUGAAGACAGCCAGCCAGUUGCUAACUUGGUUUCUGCCUUUCCCCCUUCUCCUUAGUUUGUUGCUGCGCUUCUGGGUGAACACACUCAAGAACCCACAGUUCAUUUUUGAUGUGCGUGUCUCUGACAAUGUGGACGCCAACUUGACUGUCAUUGCUCAGACAUUCAUUGAUGCCUGUACAACUGCUGAGCACAAAGUUGGCAGGGUAAGUUUAUACAUCUGCACAUGUCUAAAGGUCACACCCAUAUCAGACCAGGAUCAAAAGAGGACAGGUAGUGCUUGCCUUGAUCCAUUUCCCUAAAUGAUGAAGUCAGGUGCUUUACUAUGGCCUGCCCUCUGUUCUGAAACGGGAUACUCCAGGCAUUUAACUUGAAUAUGGAUCCCAUUGCCACUGACAGAGAUAGCCAGUUGUGCUGGGUAAAGGGGGGGAGGGGGCUUCAUUUCCCCCAGUAUUUUUGGGCAGGGGGCAGUGCCACCCCAAUACUGAGGGGGCUGCUGCCCCCGCAGCCGUCAGUCACCCUCCAAGUGCCCCAGCCUCAGCCUCUGCACGGCAGCCCAGAAGCCAGGCAGUGGCUGUGACAAGCUUGGGCAAUCUUUGCUUCGCUCAUCCCAGCUGCAGCCUGGCAGCCCAGAAGUCGGGCGGGGGCUGGAACGAGCAAGCGUGGAGAUCGCCCUCCACAUGCUCCGCCCCCGCCUGGUGGCAUUAUGUGACAUGUUGUGUGACAUGUUGCAUGACUGUGCCCCCUCAAUGUGGGGGAUAAGUUGGCACCUGCUGUUCAACUAUGGAUUUUAGAUGCCAUUUCGGCAGCAGAUUUGGAGACUCAGAGAGAGGGUCUAUGUGUGAGACAGUCCACUGGGUGAGACAGUCCACUGGGACUCUCCUAUUCAUUUUAAUGUGGAAGAUUCCCAGGGGAUUCCCGUGUUAAUUAGCCAUUUGGAUUUCCUGCUUGAGGCACCAAAAUCUCUUGUCCUACGCCUUAUAAUCGCCACGAUUUUAACCCUCACAGUUAGCAUACUGCCAUAAACAGAACAGGAACAAAAUGGAUGGCACACACCAGAGGGACCUUAAUCAGACUGUUUGCUUGAAGAGCAGCUGCAUGAAACACUCCAUAUUGGCUCAAGGAAUGGAAACAAGUGACACUUUUUGAAGAACAAAUCCUCCAUGAAACCAGGCUUUCAUGGGAGCAAAGGUGUCUGUCUUAACUAGCAGAAACCACCUUGUCCCAUCUCUACUGAGGACCAUCUCUGAUGUCCCAGAGGAAGUGGAGAGCAAACUUCAAGAUAUUGGACAAAGGGGGAGCAAAUUUUUCCCCAGUGCCACAAAUCACUGGUUGCAAGUAUGAGCAUGACUGUUCAUGUCUUCUUGCAUAUAAAGGUAUUCAUUAAUGCAGUAGUCUUGACAUAAGAGCGAAAGUCCCAUUCUUAGUUCAGUGGUAUCUUAUAAUCCACCAAAGUAUCAUCUCGAUUCCAGUAUGUCUGUUGUGGUUUUGGCCUGUUUCAAACACUUGCACAGAAGUACUGAUUUCAAGAUGCUUAUUGCUGAUUGUGUGAGAAUGACGUUUCUCCCAUCUAGGCCAUUUAACAGUCAAACCUUCUUAAUUACGUUGCAUCACUCCACUUGACAUUCUGUAUUGCAAAACAUCUCAUUUCCCGCACCUUAACAUUUUAUCCGUCUGGGUACAUAUAUUAUUACAUGUUCAAAAUUGUGGUUACAAGCAGUUCCAAAUCCAGGCAUGCCAGCAUACACUUAGGUUGCCAGUCAGAACUGUGGGGGCUGCACCUGGCCCCCCAGUUUUUCUGGGCUCCCCUCUACUUCCUCAACUUGAGCUAUUUUCUUUGGGGAUGUGCAAGGAGCUAUGUAGAGCAUUGAAAUACUGCCCUCUUAAACUGGAAAUCAUUCUCAGCUGUUUAAUGCCCUCUGAUAAUUUACCCAGUGUUGCCCACACAAUCAAGCCUUAAGGUGUUUUAAAAUGAAAUCUGAGACUGCAAGGAUGUUUGUGUGAAAUGUAAAGGGAGACUUGACUUAUAGAGCCUUUUUGAUCUAAAAGUCUUAUCUCUGCCCUCAUCAUAGAAAUGUUGGAGUUUUCCCUGUUUGUUUGUACAACAGUGAAUGAGUGAUGCUCUGCCAUGCUUGGUCACACACACACACACACAGAGAGAGAGAGAGAGAGAGAGAGAGACAGACAGACAGACAGACGGACAGAGACAGAGAGAUUUAGACACAUUACCAUAUGUUCUAGACCUGAACUUUGGCUCAAAUAUAAGCCCCAAAUUAUGGCCCCAAGUGCCUUUCCCACAUUCUGGUCACUCUCUGGAAACAUAUGGGUUGAGGGUCUCAGCUUUGUUUUCCAGAAUUUCUGAAAACAAAUUUCAGGGGAUUUUUUUGUAGAUCCCUGAGAGAAGGUUUCAGGCUGGGCCUGAAGCAUGUUGCAUAUUAAAUCGUGUCUUAGAUAUAUUGGGGCAUGUUUUUCUUUCCUUUAAAAAUAAAAUACAGGUACAGCUUAUUUUUGUCAUUUCCACGCAAAACCCAGCAAUUCUAGAAGAUGAGGGUGGGGGCAGGGAGAACAUCCUGUAGUACUGGGGACAAGAAGGAUUGUUUCUGCAUGUACUGUAGAAGUUGAUCUCUCUCAAUCUCUCGUAACAGCCUGUCAAACUGGUCAAACCUGACUGACACCUGCUUUUGCCACCUCUCAGGCAUCAUUCCCAAGGACUGGUGGUUCUCUCAAAUCAUUUUUUUUUUCAUGACCAAGAGCUCACUUAAUUAUGUUUUUAAAAUGUAGGCAUUUCCAUUUUUAAUUUGGGGUUUAGUUCAGCCACCUUACUCAGCAGCUCAUCAUGCCUCUCUAGUGUUUUGCCAGGAGGCCCUUUCAGAAAUGCCCAGCUCUGAGGUUUUGUUCGGAAUUCUGGAUUUGCUAAAGAAAGAGGGUUGUGAGAUCAGGUGGGAUCUUGGGGGAAGGGAAGCCAUGAUGUUUAAAGCAGCACAAUAGGUAGGGUGGUUGGUGCUUUUCACUUUUAAGCCAUGUUCAGAAAUAACAAACCAUUAUUUAUGUUUGGAUGCAAAAAUAUCUUGGCAAAGAAAGUAUGCUGGGAUUUAGAAUUAGCACUUCUGUGUUUUCUGUUCUGUAUUAAUGAUGCUGGCUGACUGGAUCAAGCCAAGGUCCAUUUUAUCCAGCAUCAGUUCUCAACAGCAGUCAGCCAUAUGCCUUUGGGAAUCUCAAAAGCAGGGCACUGAGGUGAUGGCCAUCCCAUUUGUUCCCAGAAUCUGGAACUCAGGUGGAACAUAUACUGCCUCUGUUCAUGAAAGUUCCAUCUACCUAUCAGGGCUGGCCUUGCCACUGGACACAGGCAGGUGAUCACAUUAGGCACCUGAUUUUGGGUUUUAUGAAAGGUUACAUCAUCAUCAUCAUCAUCAUCAUCAUCAUUAUUAUUAUUUUACUCUUCUUCCCCUCUCCCCUCCAUGUUUUUUCUUAAUACCUGAUAGUAAUGUCCUUGAAGAGGGCUUUACUGAGGUGGUAAAUCUGUCUAUGCUGCAAGUAGGUUUCAGAGAAAAUUGGAGAUUUAUGCAUGCAGACAACUAUGUCAGAGAAAAAGCUAUGCUGUAACUCUUCUCUCUAAUAUCUUUUUAUUAUGAUGAUGAAUGCAGGGGUUUUUUGUAUGUAGGAGAAUUUCCUCACCUGCAUAUGAGGGGGCAGGCUUUGACUCUUCACAUGCUCAGAGGAACUUCGCCUCCUCUCUGUUAGCUUUGCAUAGUACCGCAUUGGGAGUAUGCUUUGGAAUGGGCUCCUAUUUAAAUGCUGAAUUGGUCUUAUAAACUUUACAUUUCCUGUCUCUCUUAAAAUGCAGUCUGGACAGCCUGAAAACUAACCAGUUGCACCCCAUACCAUACCAUACCAUACCAUACCAUACCAUACCAUACCAUACCUACAGGUGGAGACAUAAUUCUUGAGUCUGACUUCUGUCCCCUUUCCGAAAACUUCUUCAAACCUUAUGUCACCUUUUGUUCUCUCUCCCUUUCUCCCUCUCCCUCCCUCCUCAGGAUUCACCAGUCAACAAACUACUCUAUGCCAGGGAAAUCCCACACUACAAACAGAUGGUGGAGAAGUAAGUGUGAAAAACAGAAAAAAAGGUUGUUGUGGUAGAAGAAUACCUAGCCCUGCAGAAAAUGAGAGGUUGUGGGUGUGUUUGGGGAAGCCAGGAGUCCUGGGAGCUGAUUGCAUAUUUUCUACGUUUUUUUAAAAAUAUGCAAAAGGAAAUACUAAUUUUGCAACAGUUAUAAAUUAUGCAAAUAGAGCAGAUUUACAUCCCCCCCUUAUUUUACAUAAUUCUGCUUCUGCCAGUGAUAUGGAAGAGUAAGGAGCUAGGCACGGCUUUGAAGCCCCAUCUUUAAUGGGAAUCUUAUUAGCUUCCUCCAUGGCUUUGGAGAUUUCUCAGUCAGCAUCCACAAACAUGUGAGCAUAUCUUCAUAAAUUCCAGAUUCAUAAAUUUCUUUUAUUUAAUGAAGAUAUUCUAAGGGAUGGAGUAGGAACUGGCAAGCCACUCCAGUAUCCCUGCCAAGAAAACUCCAUGGACAACGGCGUGCUCUGGUCCAUGGGGUCACGAAGAGUCGGACAAGACUAAACAACUAAACAACAACAAUUCUAAGGGAACUGAAUCCUGCAUGUUUUCUGCACAGAUGCAAAAUCAUACCUUCCGGACCACAUCCAUUUAAUCAACAUUGCUCAAAGAUUUCACAUCCAAAAAUGCAUUGAAAGUGUGAAAAGGCCCACCAUUUUUGUUACCCAGUAUGAAUGAGAGAAAUGCUUAGUGGUCUUCUCCCACUAUUGUUUAAUUAAUUAAUUAAUUAAUUAAUUAAAUUAAAUUAAAACAAUGACAUCUUUCAGCAUACUACAGAAUGAGGAGAGGGUGUCGUAGACAGUGUUGGAUGUUAUGAAUGUUGCUGGCUGGCUUGAGAAUGUCAUUUUUAGGGCAGGCAAAGGAGACUUGCAUUGCAGUGUGGCCCCUCCCCACUAACCUUUCUCUUCUCUCCCCCCCACCCUCCUCCACGGUUAGGUAUUAUGCUGAUAUUCGACAGACUGUUCCUGCCAGCUACCAAGAGAUGAACUCAGCCCUGACUGAACUCUCGGGGGUAAGGGAAUCCUGCCAUGAUUCCAGAACCAAAAAUAGUAUUUAAAAACUGCACUCUCUCCGCCUCACUAAUUUUAAAACUCUCCCAUGCUGACUUAAUCUGCCACUUUCCUACAAGGAAAGGUUGCGUGGCAGAGCAAAUAAAUGCCUCAAAAUCAGUUGACAUAUUCAGUGGAUUUUCAUGAUGUUGACGAUGACUAUUACUACCAUCACCAUCAUGAAAAUCCACUGAAUAUGUCAACUGAUUUGACUUCAGUAUGUGGGUGGGUGGAGGGGAGUGGUUGCUGCACAGUCCCUUGAUUUUGAGGCAUUUAUUUGAGGCAGUAGUAGUAGUACUAUUACAUUUAUAUGCAGUCCAUCUGACUGGGUUGCCCUAGCUACUCUGAGCAACUUCCAGCAAAAUAUAAAAACACAAUAAAGCAACAAACAUAAAAAACUUCCCUAUACAGUGCUGUCUUCAAAUGUCUUCUAAAAGUUGUGCCAUUCCAAGUUAUGUCGAGGAUAUGUUGCAAGAGAUCUUGGAAAGUCUUUAAAUCACAGGUUGAACAAGGGCUGCUUGCUGCAGUUUGGCCCAAGCUUGGAUUGUUUAUAUAGGCAACUCCCCAUUUACGAGGGGGUUACGUUCCGAGGCACCACGCGCACACAGUAUGUGAAAUCCUGUAUAUUUGAAACACCAUUGGGAAGAAGUCCCAGCAAAAGAAGAAUGGAUACAAAAACUUAUGGAAUAUGCAGAAAUGAUUAAACUUACUGGAAAAAUAAGGAAUCAAGAUAACAAUUUUUUAAAUAAAAUAAUGGAAAUGGUUUAUUGACUAUUUACAAUCAAACUGUAAACAGAAAAGAACAUUGGCAGGAUCAUUGUAAUAACCUGCAGUUUUAUAAGCGGAUGCUCACAUAUUGAACAUGUGUCAAUGGGGGGUUGCUUGUAUUUACCAGAUCACUUCAUCAUAUACCAGUCCACUAAAACUGGGGCAGGGCACCUCUCUGCGCACAGGCAUGCAUUGGGCUCCCUUGUUGGGAUCCCAUCAGCAAGGUCUGCAAUCACACAAUGUCCCUCCAUCAAUUAUUGCUCCCUUUCUGAAGUUGUCGUAAUUGUUGUUUUAGGAUUGUUAUCAGGAAGGGUGAGAAGGGGUAUCAAUGAGUAUGAUAUAAACAUAGCAUAAUGUGUAGAAAUAUGCAAAAAUACAAGGACCGUAGUUCAGUGGCAGAGAGUGUGCUUUGCAUGCAAAAUGUCCCACAUUCAAUUCCUGGCAUCUCCUGGUAGGUCUGGUUGAGCCCUCCUUUUCUGAACCCUGGAGAGACUCUGCUUGUCAGUGUUGACAGUACUGGGCUAGAUAGACCAAUGGCCUGACUAGAUAAGGCAGCUUCCGAAGUCCACGUGUAGUUGUAGUGAAAAUGUAAUUAAAACUUCUAACGUUUCAUUUUCCACCCUCCUGUUUCGGCAGAAAUAUUCCUCUGACCUCAACUGCCUGGUGGCCCUGCAAGAACUUUAUAAUUAUAUUAACAAGUACUAUGAUCAGGUAUGAUAAAUCCCUUGAGAUUUUGUACUUGCAGGAUGUUGGUGGGGGUGGGACGGAGGGACAUAAACAGACCAAUUUCUGUGGGAGAGGGUGGGGUGGGAGUGAACCCAUCUAUUCUAACCCAUUCACUGCAGAGAGGUUGGUUGCUGGGAAGGGAAGGCCUGUAGGAUCGGGAUGGGAAGCAUGUGGCCCUCCAGAUAUUGUUGGACCCCAACUCCCACCAGGCCCAGCCUGUAUGGCUAGUGGUCAGGGAUUAUGGGUGUUGCAGUCUGGCAGUAUCAGGAGGGCUCUGGCACAAGUUAGCCAACCCUGCUGUAGAAAGACUUCUGCUAGGAUAGGUAGGCAAAAUAUUGACUUUGUGUGCCUCUUUGCAGAUAAUCAGUGCACUAGAAGAGGACCCACUGGGCCAGAAGAUGCAACUGGCAUAUCGACUGCAACAGAUUGCAGCUCUCGUAGAGAACAAAGUUACUGACUUGUGACACUCCUGGGUCCACUACCUGCUCAGAUUCAGCACACACGAGAAACUGUACAAUCCUAAACAGGUUGACUCAGCAUGAAAUCCCACUGAGUACAAUGGGGCUUAAUUCCCUAGCAACUGUGCUAUUUAGGGUUGCAGCCUUUUAAGGGGGCAAGGUUGAGCCAUACUGAAAGUUCCCUGCCACCUCUGUGCGUGGGUCUGUGCGCACGCCAUGCCUCCAGUCAGUGCCUUAACUGCAUAGAAGCUGCCAGGGUCUCUCGCACUCAGUGCUCUUUCUCUCUCUUUUUUUAAACUAGCUGCAAAGAGAAUCUUCCGAGUCCAAUACACUGGAUUUGUAAAUAAAAGGGUGUAUUUAUUUCUGUGGCUCUCUGAAAAGGGUACCAGCUGCUGUCUCCCACCUUUUGGGGGAGUGGGGUUGUGGCAGGUCCCUGCUGACCACUGCAGUCUCUGGGAUUUGGGGGAUCGACCCCAAUUUCCUGGCUGGUAAUGCACUAAUAUUGGGGUGGAAACGCCACCUUCCUCUGAACAGACUCUACUAGUCUCUCUUUUAACUUUCCCCAUCUCUCUCCCCCCCAACACCCCCAUUUUAUGUAUAUAUGGGAGCUCCCUGCUCCAGGAUUGUAUUUAUUUUAAUGAGAUUUUGAAGAAUAAAAAAAACACACCACUUUUCAGAAAGGUA